AUGGGGUCCAGUACGUCUACCCUCAGGUCAGUUGACUCAGCAAGUAUAUCGUUUAUUUAGUAAUGGCAUUUUGGCACUGCUAUCAUGUUCCCCAUGUAGUCCCUACAACAAUCAUAUGUUAUGCUGGAGGUUGCUGUUGAUGUCAGUAUGGCCAUAUUUAAUUAAAUUCCACUCAGAAUUACAUUACCUCCCAGUACCACUGGAACUACAUUGGGCCUCUCUCAACCUCUUAUGCAUAGUCCUCACACAAAGCCAUCUAUGGGCCUUUGGUAACAUAAUUCAGGUAACCUUAGGGGACAAAUACGUUUUAUUUGCAUCCCCUCAUUUGGGCACCAAGUUCAAAUAUUAGCUGGAUAGGAAUGUAUGCAUAAACUGCAGCUAUCUCAAAGCUUUCUACCUGUAAAUCAACAAGUCUUAUAUAGUAUUAUACUUCUGCUAUAUCUGGCACUGUCCACAUACGGCCACACAGUAGCUAUCCUCACGACCCUAUCUACACGGCCUACUUCUGGCCAAAUGCACAGAAGGUCAUAAUUCCCUUACCUCUCAGUGUACUAUUUGAGUCUUGCAUAUUGUCAAUUUAUGACAUAUGCUACAUGCCACAUACAUUAUGAUUCGUCCUGAGUUAUCAUGGGGGUCAUAUAAGUUUCCUGGGGUCAUCCUUAGUAGCCAGCCGCCAUUGGACUUACAUAGUCAAUUCCAGACUGGACUAUUCCCACAUCACCGCUGCAUAUUAGACCACCUCACACACAUCAUAUUAUACUGUCCUUCCCGCUUUCCUGGCUUUUCGACUGCUCGGGCAACCAGGUGCAAGUUACCACAUUAGCCGUGCACGAGCAAUGCCUAUCGUAUGGCCUUACCCAGCAUCUAGGCUUUUAAAUAAUUCCAGCUUACAAGGGCAACCAUGACCGUAGCAUACCACGGCCAAGUUUAUUGACAACCACACUCUUCAGACGUAGAAAACGACCCACCAAAGUGCUAUCUAGUAUAGCAUACUGGCAGACCCUCAUUUGGGCUAGGACAUACUGCAUAGGAGUUACAAUUUUGACAUAAGUUUGCAAUUUUGUCUCAAUCUACCACAGCAGGCCUCUACACGUGGCCCUCACUAGGCCAUCACUCUCACGUUACGUACGACCCACUGCGAGCAAUCCACUAUGAUGCAAUUCUCACCCACAGGGGGCAAUUGCAUACGACCAUGAUCACGUUAGACCAUGCAAGUCCUCCCUAUACGGCCCUUUCUCUGCAUUUACAACCACAGUCACAGACACUUACUUGAUCUCCAAUAUUAGUUACCGCUGGCAAACUAGUAAUGUCCGGCAUACUUCAUACAUAUUUCAGGUUCUUCUAGCGGAAGGAUGCCCAGCUGGAACUCACCAGGCACAAUAUAUUUAGGUUUCUCUUCCCUAUAUAUAUAUAUGUCUUUAAACUAUGGUCAUCUACAUAUGUAAUCACCCCAAUGCAGCGGCUGACACAGGGCUUGUGUGACAUGUCAUGAUUCCCUUUUAUUCCAGAAGUUGGUCCUUCAGGGGUUAAAGAACUCUGCACGCGUACUCAUUAUAGCUGCAGCAGCUACAUGGGGUCAUUUAUGGGCAAGCAGACCGGUUCGAGGUCUCUGAUAAUUUGUCAAUUGGCCACGGCAUAAACAAGGUUGGUCUUGUAUCCCUUAUUAUGAAUUCAUCAGACGACUAACGUAGGGGAAGCCUGUCACCAAUUUUAUCUGGUAUGUUACCACAUACCAGGCAUUUACACUACAGCUACUGACCAGUUAUCUAGUCAUCAGGUUCAGGCGUUCAGGAGGUCCCUAACAACUACCUCACCGAUAGCCACGAUUACUCCCCAGCUCCAAUCAUACCUAUGGAAUAGAAGAGUUGCUAAGUCACAGCAGGAAUUCACACAGUUGGCCCUCAAAGAAUACGCACACUGCUAUGACAGAGCUUACUGCAUAUAUCGAAGUUCAUGUCAGAUCACCACCUUAAAAACUGGUUCAAGAAUAAAAGUUGGGGGCUUUCGCCACUUUUUCCACAUCAAAAUAAAAUGUCACACACUAUUAAGUUAUAUAUCCCGGACAUGCAACACCAUCACAAUUUACCAUCACAGGGCAACACGAUUCCAAGCUUUGCCUACGAUAUUCUAACCUGUACAAAUACAGGGUCACUACGUAUUAACUUACCAUCAACUAAGACCAGCCAGAGGGGUCACGAGGUACUGAUUCAGUACUAUCCCUCCAACAACGCAUACCUCAGCCGACACAGGAAUUAAGGAAUGCAUUUGUGAUAUGUCAUAGUAAGACGCUAACUCCAUGUCUUGUGUUUUCGUAAUAAACAUCUUCGAUUACACUAUAUGGGUAUUCCUUUUGUCCACCUUUUUACAGGCCUACCACACACAUGUCGGUUUCGGCACACCUCUACCGACUUUUUUUUUAUUAUUGGGAUAAGUAUACUCACUAGCUAUUUCAUACUAUACUGAAAUGGCCCAGACUACAAAUAAUAAUGUAUAUACUCGUCUCUGGGUUAGUAUUCCAACCCACAUCCUUGCUGUGAGACUUCAUUCUUUAUCACUUGUCUUGUUUACAUAACGCAUUCCUUAGCUCAGGCUUGAAUAGAUAGAGCUACAGAAAGAAAGAAAUUCUGUGUCUGUUUUGCCUGAAAUACAAAAUGGAGUCAGCUCUGUUCUGAGUGACUCUGGCAAUAUACAAUUUUAAUUUCUGUCUUAAUACAAAAUAUCUGCCGAUAUAAAUAUACUGACAAGGGAGAGGAGACAACCGGUCUCUCUCCCAAGUGGCAGGGCAAGUUAUUGGUAGUGGAGACGGUUGGUCUCCCUCCCCAGCGGCAGUGUGCAACACAGGGAGUAGAGACAGUCGGUCCCCCUCCUCAGCGGCAGCCAGAUAUACCUGAAGGGGUGACAGCUAGUCCCUUGCCCCAACUACAGAGGGACAGCUAUCUGCACCAAACCUACAGGGAUGCUGGACCAAACCUACAGGGAUGCUGGACGGCCAGUCCAGAUCCCCAACCAACCCCGCAGAAAUGCCAGGAGGAGGUAGGCGAUCCCUCCCCUCCUCAGCGGAGCCUCAACCAGGUCCUGGGGGUAGUAUUCACUGAUCCCAUCCAAGCAGAAGAGCUGGCAUCAGGGCAGAGCGACGCUGGCCUCUGCCCUACCUGCCCCCUUGUUACAGGACUAUGUACCAGCCAACCUAGUGGAAGAGCUGGCAUCUGGCCAGAGAGCAGCUGGCCCCUCUUUCCCUUCGUUCCGGGCCUGAAUACCCGCAGGCCACUCCAGCAGAAGUGCUGGCAACAGGGAAGAGCGCAGUUGGCCUCUGCCCUUCCCCUUGUCCCCAACUGCAAACCGAAAUGCAACCGAGAGACCAGGAGUAUCAGACACCCCCUUUGCAGCACGGGACAGACAGGAUAAAGCUGGACACCUGAGAGCUACAGAUCAAGUACUUGGUUGUGGGUGGGUUGCUCGACUAACUCAGGUAUUGACCAACAGGAGGUCAGGUACCUCGUUAGUCUCCCUUUGGGAGGGAAGAUAUGUGACGAAAGUAACCUCGUCACUGGCUUUUGGAGGGGCCUGUUUGCCAGCCUCCUACCCUGUGAUUAUGGCCCUGUGACAAGCUGAACCUCGUCAAGGGUUCUUGGAGGGCCUGUUAGCCAGCCUAUUGCCUCAGGACUAUGGGCCCUACAAUAUACCUUGCCAAAUGAACUUUAAAAGGCUCUGUUCAUGUGAAGUAUGUACUUUUGUACUCCAGACAGAGAGACCAACCGUUAGCCCUAAUUCUCUGGAACUGUUUUGGGCAUGGGACCAUGUGGACAGUGGGUCAAAAAGAGACUUCCAGGAAUUUUCUGAACCCCUGCUCUGAUCUGGGUGAUUUUUUGGAUAUGUUGUUCACCCAGAUCAGGGCUAUCAGUGUCACGACACUACUUAGUUGAUUUGCCCUUGUGCAGUACUCACACUCACCACUGUUUCUGUUUGGCACUGUUUCUGAUUUAUUUUCAUUAAGCACUUCACCUGGUCCUUGUUUAGCACCUAUUUAGUUUGGUUUCUCCCCUCACUCCUUGCCAGAUCAUUACCUUUUGUUUCCUGUUUCCCUGGUCUCCUGUGUUCCUGGCUCCUGCAUACUGUGACUUGGUCUUCAUCCUGUGUCCUCCUGAUCCUGCGUUACUGUGUUCUCCUGGUCCUUCGUUGCUGUGUCCUCCGAUCCAGUGCUCUGGCUCCGUGGUCUCUGAUUUACUACCAGCGAUCCUGUCCCUGCAGCCUUGCUGAUUUAUUCGUUCUUGUUGUCACUACAUUAGUCUUGUGACUUUGGAUCUGUGCCCUACCUGAUACCCGUGGUAGCUGCACAAUCCUACCCUAAUACCAACGGACUGUUACAGUAUUUGUUGCCUGCACGAUUCGGCGUUAUUUUGAUUUAUAGUGUAUAUAUUUUGUGGCCUUGUCUGUGUAUGUAUAUAUUUUUGUUUUACUUUCCGCUUUGGUUCCCUGUAAAUAUAUAUUUCUUGAUUUAACCUAUUUCAUUUGUGUCUUGGCAUUUAUUUCUUUGCUAUAGUGGUUCCCACAUUUAAAGGGACAGUGCUGUUGCAGGGCAGCACCCCUUCAUGUCAUUACAAUCAGGGCUAUAUGUGACUAUAUGGGGAUAUGCUUUAUUAGACUUUAUAUGCGUGUUUUUUCUGCCUGGGGAUAAUUAAGUUAAUGUAUUAUCUGCCUUAAUUAUAUCACAGGCAGAGUGGAGGGAAUUGUGUACUUUAUGUGGGAGUGUCAUUCAUUGUUACAUUGUUUGUUUCUAUUGGCUUGUACACUUUGUGUCCCUGUGCCCAACAAGGUCCACCUGGGCGUCAACCUAGUUGGAAAACUUGCAUAAAAGGCCAGUUUUGGCUUCCAUUAAACAGACUUGUUCUACCCUUCAUAAAGUUUAGAAUCAUGUUUGGGGAUUGAGGAACUACAUACACUCUGGGGAUUGCUAUAAUCACUAUACUCCCCUGAGUAUAAUCACUAAGCUCUUGUAAGAGCUGUUCCUACUACGCUCUCUGGACUAAGAGAGGCCUACCCACUGGAAUUCUGGUCUUGAGUCCAAGUUGGGUGGAGGACGGCGAGACCCCAACCAGCUGCGGCGGUUCGUGGGGUUUACGGUGGUUAUGGUGUUCCAGUGCAGUGCUGAUGCUACUCGCAAGUACUAGGAAGCAGUGAUUGACAGAGGUACCCGGUUGGGGUGCUAGGCAGUCCAUCACAAGGGGGAAUACACAAACAACUGGGGUUCUGUCACACACCUGUAACCCAACUCUAGCACAAAAUGCAAAAAUUCUAAAGUUGCAUACUACAACUUUAACCCCUGUCAAGCUGUUAAUCUUCUUAAUAGUUAACACCUGUAGUGUUACAAACGUGUUUAAACUCUAACAUUAUCCCCUCUCUAACCUUAAAGGAACACUAUGGCGCUAGGAAUACAACUAGAUUCCAUCUUCCUACUCCUUUCUAUUCAAUAUGACAUUGUCUUUUAUGUUACAUAUUUAUUGCACUUUGUUUAUUUUGCUGUUGUUAUAUAUAGAAUAUUACACAAUGUACAAUGCUUUACUAAGUACACCAGAAGCAGUGUGUAUAUUGUACCUUGCAUAAUAUCAUCGUAUCGACCAUAUAAUUAAAGACAAGAUGACAUAAACUAAUCUUUAGAGGGUGAAAAGUUGGAAUUCUGGGGCGGCGUGGCCUGAGUGCCUUGCUGAUUAGUUGCAUCUUUGUUAAAAAGAUGUUUUCUGACCAUUUAUACGACUUUAUACCUGAGACAAUGGCCACUCAAGCUACAGGGGAUACCCUCUCUACCUGCAGACUCAUUGAUAGACAUUUCCAAAUAUUUUGAGCAGCCUCUGCCAGGAGGCUCUGGAGGCCUUCCUUGGGUCUGACUGAAAAUCUGUAUGUGGGAGAAGUGGAGAAUCUCUCCGCUCACAUUUGCCCUGAAGUCAGAAGAUGCAGCAUGGUAGGGUUUAUCCCAGCAUGCUGCACUCAGUUCUAAUAAGUUACCACUGGUAACCCCGAAGCAUUAUCAACAUCUGAGUGAUGCAUUGUCUUCUGUACAGGCCAUCCUAAGAUGACAGAUGCCACAUGUUCCUUCCAUCCCAGUGGCCUGCCACAUAAUGUUAUGUCUCAAUUGGGCAAACUGUUUGACUCAUUUUGCCUGAUAUUAAGCGGACAGCUGUCAAAGACAAAAGAGCUGUAUCAUACCCUUCCUCAGAGACUACAGCAGCGUGUCCCUCACUCAUCGGAUGGUCUAGCCCACACAAUGACCAUAGCUACUCUACUCACUUGAUCAUGGACACCUGGAAAUGCUCCCAAACUGGUUAUUUUUUUCAAUCCAAUUUUCCAGGAUGUCCAAAGCCUAUUGCCACAUACUCAGGCUGAGAGCCUUCGGAAUGAAACCUUGGAUAUGGCCCAAAUCCUUGAAGGGUCUACAACCGUCAAUAUCAAGUGAAAGCUCCCUUCCAAGAUACCGAUCACAGGCACCAGGAGCAGUCAGAUCAGUUGAGGGCUGAUGCUGGUGGAGCCAAAUAAAAAACCAUACUUGUCCCCUCUUCUGGCAUCAUCCCUGCUGACCUUAAACAUGCCACUGUAGUACCUAUACUAAAAAAACCAUCCCUCGACCCGUCCACCCCCUCUAACUACCGUCCCAUAUCCCUGCUCCCUUUUUCCUCAAAGCUUCUGGAAAGACUUGUCUUUACCCGUGUGUCUCAUUUCCUCAAUUCCAACUCUCUCCUUGACCCCCUUCAAUCUGGCUUCCGCCCUCUCCACUCUACAGAGACUGCCCUUAUCAAAGUUACUAACGACCUAAUCGCAGCUAAAUCCAAAGGCCACUACUCCAUACUAAUUCUUCUUGACCUCUCAGCGGCCUUUGACACCUUUGAUCAUGCUCUCCUUCUUCAAACUCUGCAAUCGCUUGGUCUCUGUGACUCUGUCCUCUCGUGGUUUUCCUCUUAUCUCUCCCAACGCUCAUUCACUCAUUCAGUGUCUCUUUUUCUAAGUAUACCUCCUCCCCUUGCCCUGUCUCAGUUGGAGUCCCCCAAGGCUCCGUCCUUGGUCUCCUUCUAUUUUCUAUUUAUACUGCCUCUCUUGGCAAACUUAUUACCUCAUUUGGAUUCCACUACCACCUGUACGCUGAUGACACCCAGCUAUAUCUCUCCUACCCGGACCUCUCCCCUGCUGUCCUGCAACGUGUCACUGCUUGCCUUUCUUCCAUCUCUGACUAGAUGUCCUCCCGCUUUCUGAAACUCAAUCUCUCAAAAACUGAGCUCCUUGUCUUUCCUCCUCCUAAUACUGAUCCUCCUCUUUCACUCUCCCUUCAAGUUUGUGGUACCCACAUCAGCCCAUCCUUGCAAGCGCGCUGUCUUGGCGUCAUACUUGACUCUGGUCUCACCUUUGAGCCUCACAUCCAGCAUGUUGCCAAAUCCUGUAGAUUCCAUCUUAAAAACAUAGCCCGCAUCCGCCCCUUUCUCGCACCAGAUACUACCAAGGAGCUUGUCCAUGCUCUAAUAAUUUUCCGCAUGGAUUAUUGUAACCCUCUCCUGCUUGGUCUUCCCAAAAGCCGUACUGCACCCCUACAGUCUGUAAUGAAUGCUGCUGCUAGACUGAUUUUCCUCUCUAGUCGGUUCUCUCACACCGCACCCCUCUGCCAGUCCUUAAAUUGGCUUCCUGUGUGCUAUAGGAGUCAAUUCAAGGCACUAACUCACACCUAUAAAGCACUGAACAACUCUAACCCCUCUUAUAUCUCCUCACAGAUCCAUAGGUAUGUCCCUUCUCGGUCUCUCCGCUCUGCCUGUGACCACCUCCUGUCCGUUGUCCGCACCUGUACGGCCAACUCGCGCUUGCAGGACUUCUCGCGGGCGGCUCCCUUCCUAUGGAAUAGCCUGCCUCCCGCCAUCAGACUCUCCCCUAGUCUUGCAUCUUUUAAGAAGUGCCUUAAAACCCAUCUCUUUAGGAAAGCUUAUGGUCUCCAAGACUAACCCCUACCUCACAUACCACAGAAGAAAAUCCCAACGCCCCAAAAAAGAAUCCAUCUUCACCAAGCGAGGGCACUGCACAGACUGAGCUCCACAGGGCAGUGAAAAGGCUUAUAAAGCCUUCCCACGCCCUGCAAUUUGUCUCAGAGCGCUCUGAUUGGUUGAUUCCAAGCCAACCAAUCAGAGUGCUCUGACAGGUAAAUGAAGAGACUGCCAGGUAAGUCUCUACAUUUACCUGUCACAUCGCUCUGAUUAGUUGGCUUGGAAUCCAACCAAUCAAAGUGCUCUGUGUCAUUUUACACAGCGUGGGAAAAUUAGGCUUAAUGGGGGGGUGUAGGGGAGAUCGGAAUUAAUAUUAUAUAUUACAAGGAGGGAGGUGGUAGCGCUGCCGACUCCCUCCUUGCUUAAUCUGACGAAAACAAAUCAUUUUGUUUACUGAAUUUCAUCCGAAAACGAAUGGUUUACGGACGAAAUUCAGAAUGGACUAAUGAAAUUUUUAUUUAGUACGAAUUCAUUCGUACGAAACGAAAAUUUCACUGGUGCACAUUUCUAUUAAUGUUUAUUGACACAGGGACUUUCUCUUUGUUAUUGCUGAUAAUGUUGUAAGGCUGAAUAGUAUCUAAAUAAAAAAAAAGAUUGCAAAAAAGAAGUUGUAAUUUAUUUUGAAUUUCUGACAAUUCACAUAGAAACAUAAAAACAUAGAAUGUGACAGCAGAUAAGAACCAUUCGGCCCAUCUAGUCUGCCCAAUUUUCUAAAUUCUUUCAUUAGUCCCUGGCAUUAUCUUAUAGUUUGGAUAGCAUUAUGCCUAUCCCAUGCAUCCUUAAACUCCUUUACUGUGUUAACCUCUACCACUUCAGCUGGAAGGCUAUUCCAUGCAUCCACUACCCUCUCAGUAAAGUAAUACUUCCUGAUAUUAUUUUUAAACCUUUGUCCCUCUAAUUUAAGACUAUGUCCAAUUGUUGUGGUAGUUUUUCUUCUUUUAAAUAUAGUUUCCUUCUUUACUGUGUUUGGUUUUAGGCCUCGCCAGGAAUAUGUCUCCUAUUCAACGUGUGCCGUCGUCCGAGGAUGCUUUCAGCUUUUUUGAUCGUUUCCCCAUAUUGUUGUGCAGGGGGAUGCUUAGUUUUCAACAGUGCACCGUCUAUUUUAUAGUCGUUUGCUAGGUUUUUGCCGCUUUCAGCUCGGAGCUCAGCCGACAUGCGACUUCUCUCCAUGAAGGUCAGGCCCCGCCCCCAGGCGUCUGGUUUUUCAGUCGUAAUUUUAGAAUUGGCACAUCCUAACCUUAAUUUCACCCUUUCUUACAAUGCAACUUUGUAAGGUUCUGGUUUUUUUGGGGUGUUUUUUUUUCUAGAAAGUAAAAUUAAUUAUUUAGUGUUAUCUGCCAUUAGUGUCUGUUUCUCUUGUAUGAAACUGUGUAGUUAGUAUUAUUUAUAUAUGUCUAUUACACAUAUUCCACUAACGUUAGUAAAUAACAUGACAUUUCUUGAUUUAUUAUAUCCAUGAAUAUUCUAUAUUAUUAACUUAGUACUAUUUAUAUAUGAUUAAUAUAAUAUAGUAAGUUGUAUGUGGAUAUUGUGUAUAUAUAUUUGUCUCUGGGUUGUUGCAUUCAACCCCCCUUUUGCUGUUAGACAUCAUGCCUUAUAGAUUUUAUUUCUAAUGUUUAUGUAAGUCGCAUUCCUUAGCUCAGACCUGAAUGAAUAGAGUUACAGAAAGAGAAAUUUGUGUCUGUCUUAGCCUUGUAAUACAAAAUGGAGUCACCUCUGUUCUGAUGGUGACUUACAGUAUAUACUUUUAAUUUCUAUCUUAACACAAUGUCUGCCAGUAUAAAUACUGUAUACAGACAAGAGGCCUGCAAGAUGUCCCAUCGCUUGAACCCUAUGUCUUAACAAUUGGCAAUUGUAAUAUUUGUUAUCCAUGUAGUAGUCAUUUAUUUCCCUUUUAAACUUUUCUAUUCAAUGUUUCAGAUUGAUUUUUAGAGAAGGUGAUUUUGAUUUCCUCUGUACAUUUCCUGAAUGAAUCAGACAUUUCUAUAUUCUUUAUAAUAUCCAUAGUAAUAUCCACUGUAAUUCCAGUCUCUUGCCUAAGGACCUCCAACCCCUCCUCAAUGCCUUCUAUGGAUAGUGCUAUAAGAGCCAAUCUGCACUUACUAAGGAUAUCCCUUUUAAACUUUCUGUUAGAAUAAGGGAACAUAAAAGUACAAUACAAACAAACAAAAUGCAAUAUCCAGUGACUAGGCAUUUUGCCCAACAUAGACACUUGAUGUCACAACUCAAAUUUCAAACUAUUCAGGAAAUUGGGAAGGCACAUGCAGGAUGAUCCUUGGUAAACAUCAUGAAAUAAAAAUAACUAUUUUAGAUGUACAAGUUAAAUUUGCUGUUUACAUCUUAAAGGGACACUAUAAUCACCAAAACAACUUUAGCUUAAUGGAGCAGUUUUUGUGAAUAGAUCAUGCCCCUGCAGUCUCACUGCUCAAUUCUCUGUCAUUUAGGAGUUAAAUCCAUCUGGACCUGAGCAUUUUCCCGGUAUAGUGUGUUUGAGGGCUAAGGCUAGUUCAUACUCCAUCUGAGGUUUGUGAAGAAGUUGUGUUACCUUAUCAGAGAGGUGUGCCUAUACAUUUCUGCGCAAAUUGUCCCAAACCUUGGAAAGGUGGGAGUUCCUUCCCAUCUGUGUCAUUGGAUCUGUUGGAAAAUACAAUUUGGAAUAGUAGCUAUGGAGCGUCUGUAAUCUUAUCAGGCAUGUAAUGAAAUUGGUUUCAGUCUGUGUGUAUUUUAGGGAUAUAUGUAGCUACUCUCUUAUUGUUUAUCAUGCGGGCAAACAAAGAUCCAAAAUUGUUUGGCAUUGGAGUAGAAAAAUGUCUUCUUUUGCAGAGUAACAGUGUGAUAUGAUGCAUUCAGAAGCUUAGAUAGGUCUCUGUGAGCAGUCAUGAGUGCACUUAAAUGCCCCAGGUUAUAUGAGCUUUUAUGCAGUUUCUUGAGUUUUCCUAUCUCCUGAAGCCUGAAGGAGUUGUGUGAAUUGGGCUUUUUUUUAAAAGUUACUAAACUCUGCCUGCAUGGAAUUAAAAUAGCUGAUGGAAAUUGUUCUCAUCACUCCAAUUUGGAACUGUUCUUGUUUUCCAUAUGCACUGGUGGAGGCUGUUCCAUAAGCCUCCACGAGUGCAAUCUAAAUUACUGCAGUUCAUAUAUGCAAACUCAGGAUUAUUAGAAAAGCAUUCUUUUGUUGACCCGGCCUCCUACAAUGGGGACAUGAUUUCUGAUAAGAAUUAAACUCCAUCCACAAAGAGGCGACAUUAAACUCUAUUCCGAGACUUUUAAAAAUAAUGCUGCGCCGGAAUUAGGAAGCCACACAGCUGUGCAGAUUGAAGAUUGAUGCAGCCGGUAUAUAUACAAAAAGAUAAUUUAUGCUGGCACUCAAUCACAUAGGUGGUGCUGGUAUUCGAGGUUAUCCCUAAAAAAGCCCCAUAAAUAUCAUACAAAAAAUAUAUAUGAAUACCGCACUCAAUGUUGUAAAAUAAUCAACCGUAGAUAAAGAAGUACUGUAAUUGAAUUUAUUAUUUUCAAUUCUUUGAUGUCUAGGUAUAUAACUUAAUAUGUGAGAUUAUAAUUUAAUCAAUGAAUAUAUUACAUCAUAUAGUCAAUCGCUAUUUACAAAAAUAACCUCCAUAGGUGUUAUAUAGAUAAAUAAUUGAUAUAUAAACACAGUUGUGAGGAUUCCUGUUUGCAAAUCUAAGGAAAACCUAUCCAUAUGGAUAAUAGUUGAAUCUGUGGUGUUCUAUGUACAUAGAAAAAAGAAGAAAAAAUAAAAAAUGAAAAAUUGAAUAAAAAAUGAAAAAAUGAAAGAAAUAUGAAAAAUAAUGAAAAAUUGAAAAAAUAUAAAAAUAAAAAGUGUACAGAGUUGGGGGCCUUCGAAGGGACGUGGAUGUCCCGAGCGCGCAGCCCAUGUACUGUGACGACACUUUCAUUGCGGACAACUCCGAUUUGAUACACAGCAGCAACAACUUUGAGGGAGACAUAUGAGGACCACAUCUGACACCUUUAUUGAGUCCUUUUUUCAGCGUACAGCAGGAAUUCAGCAGUUUAAAAUCCUCCAAUAGACACUUCACAGAUUCUUCAUUUUUUCCAGUUGCUACUAAGGCUACAAUCCAUCUGGAUAUUCAACUUGGUGAGAUCCACCUAUUUAUUAUAUAAAGUGCACUAUUCUCUGGACUAUUGUACAUCAGGACAUUUACUAUCUGUACGCUUUUUAUUUUUAAUUUUUUUCUCUUUUAUAUUUUUUCAAUUUUUCAUUAUUUUUCAUAUUUCUUUCAUUUUUUCAUUUUUUAUUCAUUUUUUCUUUUUUCUUUUUUCUAUGUACAUAGAACACCACAGAUUCAACUAUUAUCCAUAUGGAUAGGUUUUCCUUAGAUUUGCAGCCGGUAUAUAUUCCAACCGGGGAGAAGGCAUUUCAGCACUGAGGAAGACUCCAGUAGGAGUUGAAACGUGUCUGCUGUUUGCUUUAUGCUUUAUUUAUGUUUGACUUUGGGACUUUCUUAUUUUAUUGCGGUGUCCCCGGGCUAAUGCCUUAUAUACUUAUCGCUGUUUAAUUGUCCCUUUUUACACUUUAAUUAAUACAUUUAUGUUGUAUUUUAAUCCAACAUUGUGCUGUUCUCAUUCAAGGAUGUCGAUUUAGCCUUCUUAGGCACCCUCAAGCCUACUAUAUAGAGCCUGGGAUGGCUCUACAUCCUGUAAGUUAUAUCCUAUAUAGGGGCUCAUUUUUAUGUGUACCGUCUACACUAUGUAUUGUACUUUUUUCUUUUAGAUUGUUCCAGUUUAAAAACAUCUAUUUUAUUCUGCUGUUUGGUGUAGUAUUUUUAUCUAUUGUAUUAUUAAAAAUGAUAUCCCUGAAUAUUAUGUUUUUGCCUAUAUCAAGAUUUAUAAUGUAUAAAUAUAUUAAAUAGAAGUGGACUCAGAACAGAACCCUGAGAUACACACAUUACCACUUGGGUCUGGCUUGAAAAAUUAUCAUUAAUGAUGACUGUACUCUGUUCUAUAUCUUUAAGCCCAUGUUCUACCCAAGAACAAGAAUUUUCAUUUAGAUCAUAUUCUUUUAAUUUAAACACUAACCUUUUGUGUAGAACCAUUUUGAACACCUUGGCAAAAUCCAAAUGCAUCACAAUCACUGCAACACCCUGUUCUAUAUUUUUACUUACUUCUUCAUAGAAUGCAAUUAAGUUAGUUUUGUAUGAUCUAUGUUUCAUAAAAUCUUGCUGAUUUUUGCUAUUGUCAUUGUUCUUCACAAUGAAUUCCUGAAUAUUUUCCCAUAAUAACCUUUCCAACACUUUCCCAACCACAGAAGCUAAGCUCACAGGUCUAUGAUUUCCAGGCAUAGAUUUUGAACUAAUUUUGAAUAUAGGAAUCACAUCUGUCUUUCUGCAAUCCUCUGGUACAAUUCUUGAAAUAAAAGUAUCCUGAAAGGUCAAAAUGAUCUUUGGAAUUCAAAAGGCGGGCCGCACACAGGGCUCACCAUAUUCGCGCUUGUGUUGCCCACACAGGAAUUUCGUAUGUCUGUGCCAGUCAGGUGUGUGGUCCCACAAUGGGAUUAUUACCACAUUUAGCUCCUUAAUUACUCACGGAUCUGUGUUAACAUUAAAGGGACACUCCAGGCACCAAAGCAACUUCUAAAUAAAGUUGUAAUGAUUCCAGGAGGUCCCUGAAGGCACUCUUACAUCAAUAGGUUAAACCAUUCCCACAUUGUUUAACCCCUAAGUUGCCUUUAAUGGCCAUGUCCACUCCUCCACUAGUCAUCCGGCUUUUGAAUUUUCAGAUUCAGGAAGCACGGAUUGCCGCCAGGCAGGGGUGACACAGAUUGACUGAGUGGAGAGCUGCCGCUUUUAGCCAAUAAGUUACUCCCCAUUCACUGAACUGGCUUGAGAAAAGUAUGUUUCUUUCUGAACCUGUUUAGUGAAUGGAAGUCACUGAGAGCGUAAGACUUACCAUAUCAGACUUAACAGUAGUUUAGGAGAUAUUCACUGAUAACUUCAGUUUUACAUGAUAAAGGGGUAUCCAAUAAGUGGGGUCCAAAAUGAGGCUUUACAUCCACACACAUUGGUGAGCAAUACAACUUACUGUCUAAAGAGGACCUGAUGGCUUCUUCCAGAUGCUUGGUUUGUAUACUUCAAGUGAAGAGCAUGAGUCACCUGCUGUCUUUCCUAGCAAAUAACGGCCCUUUCUGUCUCAUCAAACCUCCAGAACCAUUCAUGAAACUAUAAUUUGCAGAUGCAUUGACUGACUCGAAGACUGGGUGAGGUAGGGGCUAACUUCUCUGUUAUCAGUGUAUAUUUUCAUGUAUCGCCCAGUCCUUCAUUGGAGCAUUGAUGUUUUCCAUCCCUGAUAACACCAUGAUCUUUUAGUUUCAGCUCAGAAAGGAAAAAAGAAAGGUAUAAACCAUGACAGACAUAUCAACGUGAUAUUCAGACAUAUGUUACGCAUUUCAGACAAGAGAUUCAAUUAUUUUUUGUAGAAACAAAAGUUAUAAUAACAUUGGUUCAAAUGGGAUACAUCGUUGGCUCAAUUGUUGUCUAAGCUAAAUCUGCAGUCGUUACAGACUCAGCAUAAUAUAAAUGGUAAAUCCACAGACAUAGCAUAAUGUCAUUGUGUCAGAAGCCAUUAAGUAUGUGAUGUUCCCGGUGAUAUACAAAAAUUAAACCUUGCUGUCUCAAAUCAAAGAGUGACAAUUCAGAUGUUAGUUUGGUCCAGAGAACAGUCGAUCCAUGGGGUAAGAGAGCUACACUUAGUUGUAUCUGUUAUAAAUGAGAUAGGGUAAAUGGUGGAACAUAGAGUGAAACAUAACCUAACUAAUAAUAGAAGACCACUGCUAAACACAGUAAAAUAUUCAGGUGGCAACUUGGGCAUAGCGGUCUUGCCCAGCUUAGGCAGUAAAACAGAUGCCCCCUGCAGAUCUUGUACCAGAUGCUUGUCUUUGCCCUGAAGAACCAGUAGUGAGCCUGCCGCGAGCCACCGGUAUUGCAUAAUUUGCUUCCUGAGGAGUAAUGUGAAUGGCCUACGAGAUCUUUGCCAGGCCAUUGUACCUCCGGAGAUAGUAGCUCUGCCAGGAGAUGCCGUAGGACGUGCGGUAUUUCAGCCGCCAGUAUAUCUUCUGGGAUGUCCUGAAUCUUUAAGUUAUUUUUGCACUAUACAUCCACUAAUACAGCAAAGCGUCGAUCAGAAGCAUUGUUUUGGCGUUGAAGACCCUGGAAGACCCUGGACAACUUGGUGUAAGAUACACAAGCUGGUUUACACAGUCCCUGGAAGUACACUCCAGAACCCCUAGCCGUCCCAUCAGACCCUGUAGAUCAGAGCGAAGUACAGCUACAUCAGACUGGAUUGUUCUCUGUAGAUCUGCCAGUAAUGUCUUAAGGAUUGUGGUUGUGACAGGUGAGUUGUCUGGGCUUGAGAGAGCUGGUGCUGGGUUAGGCCUGAUAGCUAAGUGUACAGCCUCAUCUUCAUUAGAGAAGUCGUCUGAGACUUCAGAGUAUGUCUCCAGAUAGAUGGCCAUCUUGGGCCCAGCUGCCCUAUUUGCUUGCCGCAGGAGAUCUCCUAUGCUAAGUCCUGUCUGCGGCUGUUUUGUUUUUUGGUCUUUCGACCCAUUCUGCCUCCCUGUCUCCAGCCAAGUUCCUGCAGCUGUGCAGAUCGGACUUUGUAGCCCAAAAUAGGAAAAAAUAAUCGUUAAUGUGCAGGAGCUCUCUCUCCAUGCGACCAGUCUGCUCCGUUGCUCGGCUCCACCCCCCAAGAAUUAUUGUAUUUUUAUAUUUAAUUAAGCGUUUUACUUUUAUCAUGUAUCUGUAUACUUAUUAGCAAUAUACUUACCACCUCUUGCUUUUCCCUGAAGAUAUUUUCUAUUUAGCUUAUUAGAGUGCUAUGUUUUAGAAUCUUAAUGUAAGCUAGUUAUACAUCUCCCUUUCCUUUAUCUACUCAGCAUGUAUAGCUCUUAUAUAUACUAAGAGUGUAAAUCAACUGGAUUCCUUCUGUUUCCACAGGUUAUAUUGUUUCUGUUGAAUGGAUAACAAAAAUUUUAAAAAUAAAAAAAGACAUGUGAGAUUUGUGCAUGGCCUGCUAACUUUUAAAGUUUUUUUCUUUAUAGACAUUUGAGUGGUCAUUGGAGGGAUUCGUACUUGACAGCCAAUCCCAUGUUGAACUUGAAGUGCAUGGAACGUAUAAUGGCGAAGUGAGGUAAGUAUCAUCUAACUUUCUCUACAUGUGAUGACAUUUAUUUACUACAUAUAUGACAUCUAAGUUGGACACAUUAAAAACAUUAGCCCUUAGGAAGUGGCUGCAACCAACUUUCCCAAGUUUCUUUGAAUUAUUAUUUUAUACUUUGUGGCAUGGUAAACAACUUUUUUUCUGGAGUGGAAGUUGAAAUGAAAACAUAGAGCUUAAAUUAAAAGGAGUGUGUAAAGAUGGCCUGACAAGGAAAGUCACAGGAAAUGAAAAGUAUGGAUAUACGGCUAGAAAAGGGGACUGAGGAAAUAGGGGGGCAGGUUGGUGACAUUGAGGGUAGCAUGAAAAUAAAGAAGGGAAAUUCAAGUACGAUGGCAUAAAAACGGAACUUAAUAUAUGGUAUCAGAUGUGAGAAGCACGGGAGAUUGGAUGAGAUAUCAGAUAUAGGAUAAAAGGAAGGAAAUGAAUGGGUUGAGAGGUACCAUGAGAAGGACGGAACAUAUGAGGAAUAAUGAGAGAUGGCAUGUAAGAGGAGAGGUUUGAACCCCUGAGGGUACUCACAGGUAAAAGUCUAUAUAAAUAAAGUGCUAGGAUUGGGAGGGUAUGUGAACUAUAAUAAGAGGGUAAACCAAUUAACGGACGGUGCACAAAAAUUAAGAAACUAACUGGAUUGUUUUUCCAAACCAUGCUUAAGGAGAUUCUAGUUACAACUUUAAGAGACUCUAGGUUUAUUCAGUCUUCUACUAAUUAAUUGUUAUAUAUUAUAUUGUAUGUAAUAUAAUUGAUUUAAAUGUAAUUUAAGUGGAUUAUUUGUAGUGUGAAGAUAUAUUAUUUUCUUGGAGGUUUAUUGAAUUUAUACAUAAUCAAAAUAUGUGUUUUUACCAUCCUAGUAAAUGCCCCCUUUAAGAGUGAUCUAAUUAUGUUUUUUUACCGUCCUAGCAAUGCCUACUUAACACACAUGCAUUCCAUAUGCUCUCUGGCAGCACAUGAAAGGUACUAUCUUAGCUCUGCCAAGUCUAAUUGCUUUUACUCGGUCUCAUGUUAAUUUCCAGCAAUUUUGGCUCAAAUAAAAUACAUCUGAAAGAACUGCUGAGUGUCCAGGAUCAGCUACAGACGCUCAGUGAUAUCCCGCUGCUGGAUCCUAAAAAGAAACCAACAAUGGUAAGAAACAUAUUGUAACUUAGUUAAUCUAAUAACCAUUAUAUAUAUUUAAGUAGUUAUAUUUUCAGUAUAAUGAUUGGACCUCAAAUUCAUGCCUCAAAUUUAGAGAUUCAUCAAGUGAGACUGGAGAUACAUUAAGCCAGACAAUAAUGUGGAGAAUUGUGCUUAAAUUGUAAUUUUAUUAAUGACACAGAGGCUCCUAUUAUGCUAUCUCUUUCUUACUUUAUUCCUCAGCAGCACAGAGAAAUAUAAAACUGAAAGAGAAAAAAUGUAGAUAUAUAAUAAUAACAGGUACAACCAGAUCUGCCUAGUAACAGGGCAGCCAAUCAGCUUAGUAGGAACAGUCCAUAAAUGCCUUGCUUAGUACUUCCACUUCCUCUUUCUUUGCUGCUGUCCUCAGACCAGCUAAGUAUUAAUUUCACUCCUGUAUAUUUUAAUCUUGGAUUGUUUUUAUGGGUUUAUCUACUGAUAUAUUUAAUGUAUUAUGUACUUGUAUGCUGCUUUGUGCACCCUAUAUGAUUUCUGUGUUUUGCUUUGAUGUUUUUUGGCACCCCUUUUGGGUGUCUGUUUCUUCCCCUGCUUUGCACGGUCUCCCUGCCUGUGCUGUACCUUUUGUGUGCACAGACAGGGACCGCGGAUCACUGGGGAAGCGGUUUUCUCGGGAGCUGAGGUGCUCCCUGACCGCCCUCCCUACUCCCCUCGCGACCGCAUGUGCGGCCGCGUGCGGUGACCCGCUCUACCUCCGGCCUCGUGUGUUUUUUCCAGCGAGCUCCCCGUCCAUUGGUGGGGGAGGAGCUUGGGGACACGGCAUGCUCUGCACGCGGCGGCCAUCUUCUUUCACACGUGUGGCUGCUGGCGGAUCCGGCGGUCGGCUCCCUUCACCCCUGUUUUUUCUCCACAGGUAUUUGCUUUGUAGGUUACUCAACCCCUGUAGUUUAGGUUUUUACUCCAUCAUACUAUUAUAACAUUGUAUUCUGAGACUGGUGGCCUGGCUCCCAUAAUAUUUAUUGUGGCUUAAUAUUUUAUCUGUGUAUAUUUAAAGGGACAUACCCCUUUUUAUCCACAAGCUUAUUUACCUUCCUGUCUAUUAUGCAUGCUAAGGGUGAUGAUUCUGGCUGUCCCAGCUACCCCACCAUGGAAGCCUUUAAGGCCCCUAUCUCAGGUGAAGGGGGUCUCGCCCCCUCUCAGGAGUUCCAGGCCCUUAUUGAUUCUACUAUGCAGAGGGCCCUGGCCUCUGCCAUGGGGACAGUCUCAUCAUCGCUGUCUCACACUAUACAACAGGCCCUUACUCAGCCCCUGGCUUCUCCUAUGUUGGCAAGCCCCCGGCCUGCGCUGCAACCUCAGGUCAGCCGCAAGGCAUAUGCCAAAACUAAUCAUGUCUCCCCCGAUAUGACACAGGUGGUACCUGCCCUGACUGACGUGCCUAUGGCCGUCCAAGAUGGCGCGUUACCGCGCAAGAGAGCCGCUGGCCAGGCAAAAUCGGCCAGAAAGUGGAAAAGGGCGCGUGCCCAUGACAAUGACGGGUUUGAUUCAGAUCCAAGUGGGGAGACAGGUUCGGACACCCCCGACUACGCCUCUUAUGAGGAAGGGGACUCCGACGCGGAGGCGCGGUCUGACGCUUCGGCGUUACCUCCGAGGGAGGAACAAGGCAUAUGCGAUCCGCAGGGUUACCCCCUGAUGACCUUCGCCACCCUCGCUCGGCAGAAUGGGACCCGCCCGAGCAUAUAGCUAGCUAUCUAGCGCUUUGUAUGUGUACCCCAUUAUCCAAGGAAGGGCGCCGUAAGUUAUGGGCCGAAUGCCCAAGGCCCUCAGUGCCUGAUGCGGCAUGUAAGACGCCAGAGGUUGACCCUCAGAUCUCACAGUUCCUGAUAAAAAUGGGCUGGAAACCCAGAAAGGGUUUGGAGUUUUCACUCCAUAAUUGCCAGGACAAGAUUUUGGACACUCUAGGUCCCGUGACUAAGCUUUAUGAGCUAUUGGAGACGGCUAAAACAGGGGAUACCCCCUGGAUUUCAAUGUAGCAAUAGGUUGGGUCCAGAGAUUGAUUUGCCUACUUGGCAAUGCUAACACGGCUAUGUCAGCCGAACGCCGCAAGGCGAUCCUGCUUAAAAUCGAACCUAAACUGGUUAACCUUGCGGUCAAGGAACCGGGCGCUGCCGCUAAAGGCAUGCUCUUUGGUGAGUCUUUUGUUAAAGACUUGGGCUCCUUUGUGCGCACCUUCACCACCCUAGAUAAGGCCCAACAGGGCCGGGAGAUAUAGGAGCCGUCCGCCCGGCCGUGGAAAUCGAGGUCCCUCAUGGACUCAAAGAGGUUCCUUUGCUGCCCCUCGGGCCUAUCAGGACUACAAACCCGCUCCCUUCUUUCCCUCCUGCGGGAGGACAUGGCAGAAUCGGGGAGGAUGUGGCCAACCCUCAUACAGACGCCCUUACGGUGAGUACUCAAAAAGGUUUUUCUCUCCGGGCGAGUGUGGGAGGCAGGUUGGCUUUGUUUCCCGAUAUGUGGGGCAUGAUCACCACGGAUGUGUCGGUGUUAAAUACUAUCAGAGGCUUUCGCCUGGAUCUUUUGUCUCCCCCUAUGCCCUCUUCGCUCGGGCAGUUCAUACGAAAGCGAACUAUGCCUGGACAGAGACUCCAAGGAGGAACUUCAAUGGUGGUUGGAUCAUAUGGAGGCAUGGAAUGGUCGAGCAAUCUUCGGCACCGCCCUGGACAUGGUGAUAGAAUCGGAUGCCAGCCUGCAUGGCUGGGGCGCUCGCUGUGGAGAUGUCUCCACAGGUGGCAGAUGGUCCGAAAUCGAAUCAAAGCUACACAUCAACUGUCUGGAAUUGCUGGCGGGAUCGUUCGCUAUUCGCAGCCUGUCUCCAACCCUGGAACACUGCUGCGUCCUUCUGCGUAUGGACAAUGUGUCCGCGGUCAGAUAUAUAAAUCACCUAGGUGGCACGAAGUCAAAACAACUGGCGAAUCUAGCGACGGAUUUCUGGCAGUUCUGCCUCCACAGCGCUGUGUCGGUCACGGCCGAACACAUCCCGGGUUUGGACAACGAAUGGGCGGACUGGAAUUCGCGAUACUUGAAAGACUCCGGAGAUUGGCAUCUGUUACCUUCGAUCUUCCGACAGAUCGACUAUGGGGCCCGUUACAACUGGACUUGUUCGCAUCCAGACUGAACGUUCAACUACCCCAGUACUUCAGUUGGAGACCGGAUCCAUCAGCCACGGCGGUGGACGCGUUCCUGCAGCUAUGGCCUCGGGGUCGUCACUUUGCGUUUCCCCCUUUCAACCAGAUUUCUCGGACGCUGGCAUACUUGUCCAGACAAGAAUGCACGUUGGUGGUGAUAGUUCCCCUAUGGCAGACUCAGCCUUGGUUUGCACGCCUUUUGGAGAUGGCGACGGAGUGCCCACGGAUGAUCAGGAUGCGAUCAGAGGUGCUUCUGGAUCCGGAUGGGAACUCGCACGACUUAGUGGACCAGAACCUGCUCCAGCUCACGGCUUGGUUUAUUUCCGGGAUCCCUGGUGUGUUUAGGACGUUCCGCAGGCUACUACAAGACUCCUGGAGAAUGCCUGGGCACCGGGGACCAGAACAGCUUACAAGGCUGCAUGGCGUGUGUGGUCUGGCUGGUGCGUGGGCAGACUGCUGGAUCCCCUUUCUGCCCCUCUGAAGGAGGUGCUCAGUUUUCUGACCACGCGUUUUGAAUCUGGUUUGGCCUAUCGCACUAUCAAUGUUUAUAGAUCGGCCAUUUCAGCCGGACAUAUAGGUAUUGACGGAUCACCGAUUGGACAACAUCUUUUUGUGUGCCGUUUUUGAAGGGUAUUCGUUACUCUAGGCCUCCGAAAUCCAGAUAUUCAUAGUUUUGGGAUGUUAACGUGGUGCUGGACUUCUUGGAAUCAUGGCCUCCUAAUGAGGACCUGUCACUGAAGCAAUUAUCCUGGAAAUUGGUUAUGCUCCUGUGUCUCCUUUCAUGCAAAAGAGUUUCAGAUGUCAGGGCUUUGGACUGGAACGCGUUAUCCUUCACCCCCGAGGGAGUGUCGUUUAACAUCUCUAGGAGGAUGAAGACGUCUUCUAAGUCAGUGAUCUACCCUAGGUGUUCAGUCCGACCUGUUCUGUGUCCGGUAACUUGCCUACAUGUGUACUUGGAUCGCACUCACCUAUUGAGGUCAUCGGAUUUAUCCCAAUUGUUUAUUUCAUUUAAGAAACCGUUUCUCCCGAUCUCCUCGACUACGUUAGCUCGUUGGAUUAAGAACCUUCUAUCCGCUGCAGGAAUUGACACUUCAAUAUAUUCGGUCAGAGGCACCAUGGCGUCUAAGGCCUCCACGAUGGGAUGUCGUAUGGAUGAUAUCCUGAAGGCAGCGGAUUGGUCUAGAGAAUCUACGUUCCUCAAUUUUUAUUUCCGCCCGAUUGACCAUGUUUCCUCGUUAGUUAUGGCUCAGCUUUAAACUAGCAUAAUAGGAGCCUCCGUGUCAUUAAUAAAAUUCCCAGAUUUUACUAAUAACAUGACGUAAAGUCAUGAUUUUAUUAAUGACACGGAGGCGAGUAUUAUUCCCACCCUCCCACCCAGUGGGUAUGGUUUGGGUCUAUACUUAUGGUUCAAUCGGGUGGGGGCUCUUUUACCUCAAGGUAAGUGUUCACAGUUUUCUCUGACUUACUUGGAUCUAUAUACUUAUGUGGUUCCGAUCUGACGUUUUUUAGUCCUGAAGGCCAGAUUGUCAUGAAAUGUUACAUGCAGGUCCGGAGUUUGGAUUUUACCUACCUUUUCUCUGUUUUACAGCUUGAAUUCGUUAAGAUGACAUCUACCUUGUUGGAGAUUGUUCUUUCCUGAUGUGGAAGUUUGGUUUGGGUCUUCGGUUCAGAAGGCAAAGAAGAGGAAGUGGAAGUACUAAGCAAGGCAUUUAUGGACUGUUCCUACUCAGCUGAUUGGCUGCCCUGUUACUAGGCAGGUCUGGUUGUACCUGUUAUUAUUAUUAUUCUAUAUCUACAUUUUUUCUCUUUCAGUUUUAUAUUUCUCUUUGCUGCUGAGGAAUAAAGUAAGAAAGAGAUAGCAUAAUACUCGCCUCCGUGUCAUUAAUAAAAUCAUGACUUUACGUCAUGUUAUUAGUAAAAUCUGGGAAUUGUGUGUCCAGAAUUCAGAAGGAUAUGCAGUAUCCUGUUUAGAGUGAAAACACCAUCAAAAACUAAAUUAUAACAUUGAGAAUUAAAUUGUUUAGCAAUUUAGGCCAUAUUGUUUUAAUGAGUUUUUUAGGUUUGUUUAUUUUUUUUGUCACAGUAGCAAGACUGGAUACAAUGAAUACAGUUUCCCCUUAGUAAACUUGUAAACAAUGUGAAAGAUAUUCGAUCCAUCUAGACUAGAGAUAUAUUGCACAAAUAAUAAAAUUGCAGCACCCCACAAAACCCAAUGUAUGUACAGAACCAAAUCUCUUUCUCAGAGUAAGCCUGACAUUUCCUAUUCUAAUAGAGGGUUUAUUAGAGACAGGUAUAUGAACAGCCUUUCCUAGUAAACAGUACUCAGAUAAUUUUGAGAAAAAACAGUAUACAUAUAUACUAUGCACUAAUUCUUUGCCAUUAUUAUGGCUUUAAGACCAUUAUGGGUGAUGUAGUCCACAACAUCUAGAGUACCAAAGGUUGCCUACCCCUGCUUUAGAUUCAUGUUAUGAUUAGUUAUGGAGUUUGGAAGCAGAACUUUGUUUAGUAAGCGAUAUUAUAAGGGGUGGUGCAACGGUGUCUGUCAGGUUGUCACACUCCAGUUGUGGGGGGUGAACUUGAGAGAUGGGAUCAUUGCAGUCAGGGCCGGACUGGGGAAAAAAUUCGGCCCAGGUAUUUUUUUAUCACAGCGGCCCAUUAAGAAGGGGGCGGGGCAGAGAGGGUGUGUUUUGUCAUCACUCAUGACAAACACGCGCCCUCUCAAAGUGAGCAUGUUGGUUCAAUGCUCUUCCAGGGCAGACCAUGCACAGAGCUCUGCUGAAGAGCUCUAGCAUGAGAAAAAAGCCCUGUAUUUGUUCUGUGCAGUGCAAGCAAAUUUAAUAACAUGCUUGCACUGUGUUUCCUUGCAACUUGUCUCUGGUGUCUCUAUAAAUGGAUACCAGGAGACAAAAGGGCCAGGAAAGAGUAUUGUGCAUGUGUUUGGAGCCUGCUUGUGGUAUUGCGUGUGUGCAGAGUGAGCUGGUCGUGGUGUGGUAUUGUGUAAUAAUGUCGGUUUUAGUCGUGUUGUGUUUGUGGUGUAAUGUAAUGCAUAUGUGGCUAGGGGCUGUAGAGAAUGUGUCUAUAGGGGAUGUAGCAAGUGUGUGUAUACAGGCUAUAGUGUGUGUGUGUGUGUGUGUGUGUGUAUAUACAGGCUAUAGUGUGUGUGUGUGUGUGUGUGUGUUCAGGGAAUGUAUGGGUUUGCUUACAAGGAAUCUAGUGUGCGUAUAGGGGAUCCAGACUGUGUGUGUGUGUGUGUGUGUGUGUGUGUGAAGGACCCAGACUACGUAUGGGAGAUCUAGUGAGCGUGCGUAUAUAAUGGAUUCAGAGUGUAUAUAGGGAUCUAGUGUGUGUAGAUGAUACAGAGUUGGGUAGAGGAUCUAGUGUGUGUCUGGAAUGAAAUGUGUUUAGGGGUGCUGUGUGUGUGUGUGUGUGUGUGUGUGUGUGAGGGGUGCUGUGUGUAUAUAUAAAUAUAUAUAUAUAUAUAUAUAAUAUAAAUAUGUUUGGAAGUAUUGUGUAUGUGUGUGAUGCAGUGUAUCGGGGGGUUGUGUGUGUAUGUGAGGGGUGCAGUAUGUGUGUGUGAGUGCUGUGUAUGAUGUGUGUGAGUGCUGAGUGUGAUGUGUGUGAGUGCUGAGCUGUAAUAGUGCUGUGUAUGAUGUGUGUGAGUGCUGAGUGUGAUGUGUGUGAGUGCUGUGUAGUGUGUAUGAUGUGUGUGAGUGCUGAGUGUAUAGUGCUGUGUAUGAUGUGUGUGAGUGCUGUGUAUGAUGUGUGUGAGUGCUGAGUGUAAUAGUGCUGUGUAUGAUGUGUGUGAGUGCUGAGUGUGAUGUGUGUGAGUGCUGUGUAUGUGUGUGAGUGCUGAGUGUAGUGCUGUGUAUGAUGUGUGUGAGUGCUGAGUGUAAUAGUGCUGUGUAUGAUGUGUGUGAGUGCUGAGUGUGCUGAGUGUGAGAGUGCUGAGUAUAAAUGUUGUGUGUUGGGGGUAAAUAAACAAAUAAAAACCUAAGUGGGAAUAAAUAUACAAAUUAAAAAAAAAUAAGGGGGUAAAUAAACAAAAACACAUGCAUUAUCUCCCCCCCCCCAUCCCCCCUUACCUUUAGCCUGGGAGGAGGAGGGGUCCGGCACGCUGGUGAGUGGUGGUGGGGGGGGGGGACCAGCAUUCACACACGAUCCCUGGUGGUCCAAUGGUGACUCUCGCGAGAUCGGGGCGUUGCCAUGGCAACGCUCCCGAUCUCGUGAGAGGAACCCGGCGGAGCUGCAAAAUAGAGCUCCGCCGGAUCCUCUCCCUCUCUCCCCAGCCGCCGGUCUAUUUAAAUGGGCCGGUGAGGGAGAGCUUUGAUCUCCCCACCGGCCCUCCAUGGAAGACAGCGGGGCCGGCGCUCGGAUAGUGCCGGCCCUGCAUAGACCGGCAGGGGAGAUCCUGGGACCUCCCCUGCCGGCCUCGGCCCAUGGCCAACGCGGCCCACCGGGCAUUUGCCCGGUGUGCCCGAUGGCCAGUCCGGGCCUGAUUGCAGUCAUCCAUCACAUAUCAAUUGAAUGUCUAUAUACUAUAGUUUUCCUGUGGUAUUUGUUUUUGCAGCACCAGUGACAGCACUUUAGUUGGUGUCUUAGGCUUCAUAGAGGCUUGGUUGAGUUUCCCAUCUGUCUUGAAAUGUGGGGGUGGUACAACAGGCGUUAGUAUUUAACUGAACAUUAAUACAAGCAGUCCUCGUCACUUUCACUGUAUCUAAUUGAAGUUUAAUACAAGUAAUCUCAGUCACCUUCACUGUAUCUAAAUUAGCAUUAACUAAUCAUUGUCACCUCUGCCUACUCUCAGAGAAUUACAUUCUGACCUGUUUCUCAGCAAGAUAUGAUAAUAUUCUUGUUUAUUAUUAUUAUGAUAUUUAUAGAGCGCCGUCAAAUUCCGCAGCGCUUUACAAUGGGUGGACGAGCAGCAAAGGUGGGAGUACAGACGUAAGUCUUCAGCAGAUCGUAAGGGCCUAGACGGGACAUACUUGUGUAUAAGGGAGGAUAGAUAGGUGGGAGCAGCAUUAUGUAGAGAUUUGAAAGCAAGAACCAGAAUUUUAAAUUGAGCUCUAUAUUUUAUAGGAAGCCAAUGCAGGGACUGACAGAAGGGUGAGGCAUGGGAGGUGCGGGCGGACAGGAAGAUGAGCCUUGCCGCCGCAUUCAUUAUGGACUGUAACGGUGCAAGUUGGGAGCACGUAAGACCACUGAGAAGCGGAUUACAGUAGUCAAGGCAAGAAAGGACAGUGGAAUGGACCAACACCGUAGUCGCAUCUGGUGUUAAGUAGCGGCGGAUGCGCGCAAUGUUUUUGAGAUGGAAAUGACAGGAUUUGGCAAUAGAUUGAACAUGAGACUUGAAGGAGAGGUCGGAGUCAAAGAGAACACCUAGGCAGCGAGCCUGCGUGGUGGAGCUGAUGGUAGCACCGUUGACUUGGAGGGAGACAGACACAGGAGUAACAACACAUGAGGGAGGCAAGACCAGAAUUUCAGUUUUGGUCAAGUUUAGUUUAAGGAAGUGCCAUCCAGUUAGAAACAGCAGAGAGGCAGUCAGAGACACUAGUCAAGAGGGACGGGGAGAGAUCAGGAGAGGACAGGUAGAUUUGCAUGUCAUCUGCAUAGAAAUUACAUUGGAAGCCAAAGGAGCUAAUGAAUUUACCAAGGGAGGCAGUAUAGAUGGAGAACAGUAGGGGACCAAGGACUGAACCUUGGGGUACACCAACAGAGAUGAGUUGGGGAGAAGAAGCAGAGCCAGAGAAAGAAACACUGAAAGAGCGCUGGGAGAGGUAGGAGGAGCACCAGGAGAGAGCUAUAUCUUGUAGACCAAUAUUGUGAAGGAUGAGAAGAAGCUGUUGAUGAUCAACAGUGUCAAAAGCCGCAGACAGGUCAAGGAGAAUUAGGAUAGAGUAGUGACCAUGAGAUUUUACAACGAGUAGAUCAUUGGAUACUUUGGUGAGUGCCGUUUCCAUAGAGUGCAUUGCGCGGAAACCAGACUGAAGCUGGUCUAGCAGAGAGUUGGACUCGAGGAAGUCUGUCAAUCUCGCAUAAACAAUUUUUUCAAGGAUCUUGGAUGCAAAAGGCAGUAGCGAGAUAGAACGAUAGUUGGAUGGGGAGUCAAGAUUGGGCUUCUUUAGAAUUGGGGUUACAGUUGCAUGUUUGAAGGGCAAUGGAAAUAUACCAGAGGAGAGAGAGAUAUUGAGAAUUUUAGUGAGACGUGGAGAAAGAGAAGAAGACAGAGUACGGAUGAGAUGCGAGGGAAUUGGAUCUAGGGAGCAGGUGGUGGGGCGAGAGGACUGGAGCAGAGCAGAAACCUCUUCCAAUGUAGCGGGUGCGAAUGAACAUAGAACAGCAGAGGGAGUGAAGUUAGGGGAAGUAUUGUAAGGGGAAGAAGAAAGAUGAGAGAUCUCUUCGCUGUUUGUCGAGAUCUUGUCAGUGAAGUGAGUUGCAAAGUCUGAGGCGAACAAGUUAGUAGGUGGAGGAGGAACAGCAGGGCGAAGAAGAGAGGUAAAUGUGUGAAAUAGUCUUUGUGUUCGCGGGAGAAUGUGGUUAUGAGGGUAUUGAAGUAAUUAACUUUUGCAGAGGAAAGAGCCAAGCUGUAUUUUUAUGCUCUUUCUCCCUGGACAAAAGAAUAGAAAUUAACUGCUGAUUGUGGAAAGCCUAUAACUUAAAUCCUCCAGUAUUUGCCCUCCUUUCUACACCUCUCAUUUGGCAGAUAUGGAUGAAGAUGAAGAAAACAUUAGAUUGAACUCCUCUGUUAUGGAAUCAUUUAGCCAAUGUUGCUUUUACCUUAUAUAAACAGAUAUAAAUGUUUUCAUGUUCUUACUUAACUACUAGAACUGCUAAAACAAUAGGAUCAGUGACAGAUUUUCUUAUAGAGACACACUCUUAUACAUAUAAUGGAAAACAUAUACAGUACAACAAAUUAUACAAUAGCCUACAUUGAUAUUGGCAAAGAUUUUUUUUUGUAUAAACCUGUGUUGUCUUUGCAAUUGUUGGUAUCCAUGAGAGUAUGUUUGUGUAUUUAUUGAACAAACGAGCAAAAGGUUAAACAAUAAAGAAGAUUUUUGUUAAUCUGUAUUUUAUUGAGGUCAUGUUUGGUACAGGGUAUAUAAGCAAUAAAAUUCACGAUAUAACAUAACAUUGUUCAAUAGAGUAUAGUGACCUCUUUUUCUAUGUUUUUAUUUUGCAAAUCAAGUAGUAUAAGACAGGUUUAAAUGACUGACAGAGAUUAAUAACAUGCAUUAGAUUUAAACCAGGUGUUAAAUGCAUAAGACCACUGGCACUCAGGAAAUACUGAGAUUCUACACCUUGCUAUGUAAAGCAUAAAGCAAAAGGCAUGAAUAAGUAGGGCUAUCAUAAAAACGUAAAAUACAAAUGAUGUAACAGAAAAAUAGCUGUGUUCAAUUAAUGUGACUCCCGCUCUGCUGCAGCCAUAGUUAGAGUGCUCUCGUUAUGGGCUCAAAACUCAGAUCAGCCAAUCCCUGUCUGCGCCACGAGCGAUUGAGGUUAAUGGACUCCUCCAGUCCCAGGCUUGUGAGAGGGCCUGCAUCUUCGACUACUUACUCGGGAACCUCUAAGGGCCAAGUCCUUCCCCCGUCCAGGGUAAGUGGAAGGUCCGUUUCCAGCGGGUGAUCCUCCGCUUUUGUGGGUGAUACUUGGAAGCUAUGCCUCAAGGGGCUCUCCGCCCAGGUAGGGUGGCAGUAGGGUAAGUGCUUGUAAUAGCGUUGCCCGGGGGAGGCCUGCUCCACUCAGAUUUUCUCCUUCCUCAUCCUCCUGUUGCUUAGAAAGGGCUGCCUGUGAACGCUCCCGAAUUCUCUGCCAGAGGCAGUCAAAGAUAGUAUCCAGACGCGGCAAGAUAGAUUCAGUUAUUGCACUGUGAAGCCUUUUGAUUGUAUCCAGGCCCUGCCUGUCCAGUAAGGGGGCAGCCACCAUCUUGAUUUUACGGUGCAGGUGGUGUACCUUUAGCAGUCCCAAGGCAAGGACACAGGAGAGACCAAUGGGGAUCGGAAUUUGAUCAGUCUAUAACGGUAGGUGUAUUUUAACAGUGAGAGACAGAAUAACCCAAAAAUAAAUAAAUCCAAAAAAGUUAUAAAUUGAUUUGCAUGUCAAUGAGUGAAAUAAGUAUUAAUUUUGACUUAGUACUUGGUGGCAAAACCCUUGUUGACAAUCACAGAGGUCAGACGUUUCUUGUAGUUGAACACUAAUAAAUGUAAAGGGUUAAAAAGAAGUACAAAAUGCUACAAUCACCUGGAACAGUGAAUUAAAAACCACACAAGUACAGUGAAUUAAAAAUACAAAAUGCCGGUAAGAGCACACUAGUAGUGUACAUGAAAUAACAUACACAUGCAAUAUUACCAUAAAUAGGUAGAAACCUAAAAAAUCUGUACGUACAAUAAAAAGAUAAAUAAAUACAAAUUGGUCUCACUCACAUAUUGCUAUACUCAUUGGAACGAGGCAGUUCAACAAUGAAAUCCAUCGAUAAAUUGGACCAUGGGAUACUGUGUAUAGGAAGUGGCUGUAACAAUCCACACGGAUGUUUAUGAGGAAUCUUCGAAACUGCACAUACAGCGCAGGCCUCUACAUAAUCUUUAAUACCUCUCCUGAGUGACUCCCACCAAAAUGACCUGGAAAUGGCGGAGAUAGUUUUAUUAAUAUCUGGAUGCCCAGCGGUCACAUUGUCAUGGAAUACCUUCAGCACCUCUUUCCUGUCAGACAAUGGAAUAAACAAUUUAUCUUGAGGUUUGUUGCAAGGUGCCUGGGGCUGAGCCGCCAUGAUAGCACGGAGCAAAGGGGACGAUAAAGAAAGGACAGUGGAUGGAAUAAUACACUCAGGAGAAAUAAUAGGGGAUGUUUCUUGUUCUAGAUCCGAUUUAACGUCAAAUUGCCUAGACAAGGCGUCAGCUUUAACGUUCUUAGAACUGGUUCUGUAGAGGAUAAUGAAGUUAAAGCGAGACAAAAAUAUCCAAAAAACUACUUGUUAAAAUUUGCAUAAAAUUUCUUGCUCCACGAAAAAUAAAUUUAGGUUGAUAAGAAAUACAUUUUUGAACCACAGUGUUUCAAAACAUUUUUCUGAAAAACAUGGAGGUAACCCAGAAGGACUAACAUUUUUGGGUCUAGAGAAAGUUAAAGUCCACUGGAGAGGAUGUUGUAAUGAUAAAAUCUUAAGUAAAGCAGAAAUGAAAUGGAUGUUUAACUUUGACACUUUAAUCCCAAAAGGUUUGAACAUAGAUUUUGAAAUAAUAACAUUAUUUUUUUUAUAAAUUCUUUAUUUUGUUGGUGUUUCGUUUUUGUACUUUAUGGGGAGAGGGUUACAGAAAGAAGAGAUUAGGAUGAAAUGUUAGUUUAACAUAUAACAGUUAAUAACAAUAUUAAUAAAUCAAGUAUUGGCUUAUGCAUUGCGUUGUUGUGCCUAAUUUGUAACAGUUUUCCUGAAUGUUACUCGGCAUAUAUUUGUAGUGCUCCUUUCGGGAGGAGUUUAGGGUGUCAGGGGAGAUGGAAGCGGGAAGCAGAGAGAGGGGGGGUAUCAAGGGGGUGUAGAGGUUCGUUUGUUGUGUGUGAUGACCUUUCCUCGUGUGGGGUGUUAUGCCGUGUCAUGGGCGCUCCAUAUGUCUGUUCCUUCGGGGUUUGUUGGUGUGUUAUUGAUAUCAUAUGUCGCCUUUGAUAUGGUCUGCGACACGGGCGGAAAGUUUAUCCAUUGUCAUUGCUUCAUUGAUUUUGCAUUUUAUGAGAGUUAUGGGUGGUAUAUCUGGGCUCCCCCAUUUCUCUGCAAUUGCUCGCCUGGUGGCUAGCGCUAGUUUGGUUUGUUUUUUGCCCUUGGGGUAUCUCUGAAGGUCUAGAGAGUAGCCAUAGCCAUAGGUCCAUCGGGAUGGUGGUGUGUAGUGCUUGCGAUGCUAGUUGCGCUAUCUGUUGCCAGAUUAUGACUACCUGUGGGCACUCCCACCACAUGUGGAUGAAUGUUCCCCUAUUCCCACACCCCUUCCAGUAGAGAUCGUUGUCUUUUUGUUUCAUUUGUUUCAGGCGUAGGGAGUAAGGUACCAUCUGAGAAGUGUCUUAUAUGCUUGCUCUUUGUGGUUGACACAAAUCGAGAUAGUUGCUAUGGCUUCCCAAAUCGCUGCCCAGUUGUCUGGAUCUUCUAUGGGGCCCAGGUCCUUCUCCCAGGCUGCCAUAUAGGACAUGAAACCUUCCCAUGUGUUUUUGCUAAUUAGGGAAUAUAUUGCUGAGAUUUGUCCUUUGUGGAGAGGGUGGUUGCUACAUGCUUUUUCUAGUGUGGUAAGGGGGGUGGUGCUUGCUUUCUUUAGGGCUGGCUUGGCAAUGAAGCUGCGUAUUUGUAUCGAAAAAAGUCUCGGGUUGUGAGGGGGGUUUGUUGGGGAAGUUGCGUGAAUGGUAUGAUUUGUUGGUUCUUAUAAAAUUGGUGAAUGCGGGUCAGAUCAUUAUCUUCGUAGUGGGUGAAGUCCUUUGGGGACAUACCUGGCAUAAACUUUGUGUUUCGGAGGACGGGCAUUAGUGGGGAGGGGUGGGAGAUGAGAUCAUGUUUUUCAGUAAUUUUAUCCCAUAUUUUGAUCAUUCUGAGGACUGCUGGGGAAGUAGGAGGGGCAGGGGGUCUGGCUUCCUUCGGGAGCCAGAUGUAUAGAGAUGGGAAAUCAUUUCCAAAUAUAUUGUGUUCCAAAUCGACCCAUCGUUUAAGGCCGGGAGCGGCGUGGAGUUGAAUUGUUUGUGCUAUUUGUGCUGUGUGAAAGUAUUGGGUGAAAUUGGGCAGUUCCAGUCCUCCCGAUCUGUUUGGUAUGUAAAGUGUUUGGCGGGCGAUCCGAGCUCUUUUACCGGGCCAUAUGAAUUUAUCUAUUUUGGUCUGCAGUUUUUUAAAGUCGGACAUGAGUAUCUGAAUUGGGAGGGUUUGGAAGAGGUAUAAGAACCUCGGGAGGAGGUUCAUUUUUAUCGGGGUCAUUCGACCUAUCCAAGAGAUUGACAUGUCUUUCCAUUUCUCUAGAUCUUGUGAGGCCGUGUCAAGUAGGAGUGCGUAGUUGAGGCUGUAGGUUUGUGUUAAGUCUGCUGGGAGAAUGGUGCCCAAGUAUUUGAUGGCAGAGGUCUGAUAGUUGAACGGGUGUCGUGCUUAGAGGGAUUGGAGGGUGGGUUGGUCAACCUGUAUUGGGAGAGCUUUGUUUUUUUCUAAAUUAAGUUUGUAACUGGAGAUAUUGGCGUAUUCUGUUAGCUCCGUGAACAUGGGUGGGAGUGAGUUUAGCGGGUCUGUGAUUUUCAACAGGAUGUCGUCCGCUUAAGCGGCGGUCUUAAAUAUUUCAUCCCUAAUAUGUACUCCGUGUAUGUCUUUGUGGGUUCUAAGGACUUGGAGUAGCGGUUCAAGGGAGAUGGCAAAUAGGAUUCGGGAGAGGGGGCAUCCCUGCCGUGUGCCAUUCUUAAUUUGGAAGGAUGGGGUCUAGCCGAAUGCAGGAGAAGUUUAGCUGUAGGGGAGGAAUAUAGCGUGCUCAGGGCGUUGAUAAAGGGUCGUGGGAAACCGCACUUUUGUAAUGUAGCAAAUCGGAAGGGCCAGAGCAAUCCAUCAAAUGCUUUCUCAGCGUCGAGGGAUAAGAUCAGGGUGGGAAUACGUCUGCGGUCAGUGUACCAAAUGAGGUCGAAAGUGCGUCUUGUGUUGUCACCAGCCUGUCUGUUCGGGAUGAACCCCACCUGGUCCGGGUGGAUGAGUUUUGGUAGAAGGGCUCUCUGCCAUGACCUUUGUGAAUAGCUUAACAUCUACAUUUAGCAGGGAAAUUGGUCUGUAAUGCCAGAAGUCAAGAUGGGAUUUGCCGGGUUUCGGUAGGAGGCAUAUGUUUGCCUGCAACAUGUCUGGGGGAAGAGGGUCCCCCUGUAACAUUGAGUUAAAGAGAUUGCUUAGUUGUGGGAGUAGGACUGUUGCAAAAGUUUUGUAGUAUAGACCCGAGAAGCCAUCUGGGCCCGGGCAUUUAUUUGGUUUCAGGGUUUUGAGUGUGUUAGCUAAUUCUUGUGUGAUUGCUUCAGUCAGUCUUCUAGCUCCUUCAGGUGUUAGUGAGGGUAGAGUGAUAGAGUCGAGGUAGUCGUUUAUAUUGGCAGUUAGCAGGGUGGGGUUGUGUCUGUGUUGGGGGCUAUGGUCAUAGAGUUCUGAGAAGUAUUCUUGGAAUACUGUUGCUAUUUGUUCUGGUGUCUCGUGUGGGUUUCCGUCUUUCGAGUGGAUUUUGGUGAUCUGUUUGUGGGCAGCUCUGCGGCUCAGUUUACGGGCGAGUAGAGUAUCUGCUUUUUCGAUUUCUCAUAAAAGAGCUGACGGGUCCAUUGGAGGGCUUUGGUUGUGUCCGCAGACAUGAAGUCUUUUAUGGCUGCCUGGCAUUGUAAUAUUUUAGCAUUUAGGUCGGGCGUGGGUUGGAUUUUGAAUGUGGUUUCCAGAGAGCGGAGUUCUUUUAGGUUGUGUUCGAGGGUUGUUAGGCAUUGUUUUUUAUGGUGGGAGGCCAGGCUUAUCAGGGUGCCUCUGAUUACUGUUUUGUGUGCCGCCCAUAGGAUCCCCGGUGAGGUAACUGAGUGUUUGUUUAGGGAGAAGUAGUCUGAAAUGGCCUGUGAGGUGGACUUGCAGAUCGCGGGGUUAUGUAGCAGCGUAGGAUUCAGUCGCCAGGACCAUUGGCAGGUUACGUUUGGUGGGUCAAGGGUGAGUGAGAUUUCGGCAUGGUCCGACCACGUUAUUGAUCCAAUAGUCGUGGAUUUGAUCAUAGGGAGCAUUGAUGGGGAAGUCAGGAACAUGUCUAUGCGUGAAUGGGAUUGGUGUGGGUGGGAGUAGAACGUGUAGUCCUGGGUGGUGGGGUGUUGGGCCCUCCAUACGUCUAUGAGACGGGUUCGUGUGAGGAAGGAUUGGAAGAGUUUGUCGGGUUUAGCAGUGUGGAUGCGGGGGUUUGUUAGAAGUCCUGUUCUGCGCCUGUCUAUCGCUGGGGAUGAGGUAGUAUUAUAAUCUCCUCCUCAUACCAGGUGUUAUGAGGAGAAUAGUGCAAGAUGUGCCUGUAUUGUUUGCCAGAAGGAGGCUGAUAGGGCAUUAGGAGCAUAAAUUGAGGAUUAGGCGUGUUUUUGAGCACCUAUUCUCCCUGCUACCGUAAUAUAUUGACCUUGAGGGUCGGCGUUGAUUUUUUCCACUGUAAGGGGGCAUGCUUUGUGUAAUAAGAUCACUACUCCGUUUUGUUUGUGUUACGAUUGCCCCCGGUCUAGCAGGAGGGUUGAUCGCUUGGAUGUCCUGGUUCCCGCUGCAGAGAGUCGAACGGAGGUCUUUCGGUAGUAAGCCGGAAAUGUAGAAUAUCCCCAAGCACGAUAUAAGCAUCAGUAUCCCGGAUCCCUACAACAUGAGUCGAGGCUGCAAGUUGAGGGUCAAAACGAACUGGCUUUACUGGCACAUAGCAUGGCAAUUUAUGUGAUUCCUCAGGUCCAAGGACAGCCCCCUGUGGACCUGAUGGAAUACAGGUACAGUACAGACAAAUAUCCAAUCACAAUCCAGUGUAUUAUUUGAAUUAGUACCCGCACAGCUUGGAGAUAAUGAAGCCAACGGUUUUACAAUCUAAUUAUCUCCAAGCGCACAAAAGACCACGUUUUAUCAUGUCCCAGAAAACUGCAUAAAAAUCUAUAACUUUUACAUUAAUACAGGGAAACCAAUCAUUCUACCACUCAUCUAAAGGCUCGCGUUCGUAUGCAUUAAACAGGCGAAUGGCGCUCCAAUCCUACGAACAGAACGGACGGUUGCUGCCGUAUAAAGUCCGUUCGGCAUUUUGGAUUGUGAGUCUCUGUUGGCGGCCAUGUUUUCUGAUGGUUUAGCGGGCAGCGGGACCUCGCUUCUAACUCGUGGAACUAAACUCGGGUAUCAGUUCAUGCGAAGUCCCGCUGUCUGUCUGGUAGUGGGACUCGUUCGGUACGUGAACGAGGACCACCUGGUAGAAGGGUACUUGACUUGCGGUUAACCGCAGAAACCACAAGUUAAUGAUCGCCACGCGGCCCGCUGUAGGGGGUCGUCGUUCGGUUGUUAGUUCGGUAGAUCCCGUUCUGUAUUUUCGAUGCGAACAUCGAUGCCCCCAGGUCUAUCAAUUAAGUUGUGGUUAACCGCAAACCGCAGCCGCCUGGGUGGUUAAUGGCUGCCACACGCCGCUGGCCGGGUGGUCGACCGUUCGGUAGUUUGCGGGGUGACGGGGUUAAGUGGCGGCACACGCCAAACUCUGGGGGGUCCUCUGUUCGUACCACGAAUGGAGUCUUUAUAAUGGUUCGAGUAAUCCAUUCGUGCUUCUUUCGGUUUAAACUUGCACAGGGACAAACAGUAUCCAUUGGUUAUCAAACAGUAACAUAGUUAUUUCCAGUCUUUUGUAACAGUUUGCCUGUCGGUGAGUUAGCUAGGAAGUGUCUGUUGAAAUUUCGGUUUUGUAGUGGGAAUGCCCUGUUGUGUUGAAAGUGGGUUUCUUACAACAAGAUGAUUUGCGCACAGGUUCUAUUCGCCCAGUGGCUUGUUUGAUGGCGUUUAAGAGUGCUGUUGAGGCCCUUGCAGUUGAUAGAGGUGCAAAUCAGUGAGCGAGCCAUGGCUCUUCCCCUCUCCCCCCCGUUCCCUCCUCUGGGAUGUAGUGCCCCUGGUUUGUGUGCAGGGAGACCAGGCGGGUGGUGGGGUAAAGAGGGUUAGGGAGGGGUUGUGUAGUACGGGUAGAUGGUGUUGCAUCUGGGUAAGGUGAUGAGUCUGCCGUGGGUAUGAGGAGUGUGUCAGUAAGACCUGGUCUUAUGUGGAUAUAGCCAGGUUAGUAGGGAGCGGAGUUUUGCCCAGCCUGUCUGCGGGGACAGAGGGAAGUUGGGGGUUAGGUAUGGAGAAAGGUGUUUGAAGUGGUGGGGUCGAGGAGGCCGGUAUGUCCCGUUCCUCCCCCCGAGCCUGUGAGCAUAUGGGAAGCGUGUGAUUUGAGUGUCGUGUGAGGGGUGUGCACGGAUUAGUGUUUGAGGUCACUGUCUCGGGUUGUCGGUCUGAUUUUUAGUGCGUCCUGUAGGUCCUGCCUCCAUCCUAGGUGGCCCCCUUAGUGGUGCUCCUUGUGCCCCCUGUGUUUCCAGAUCAGGUAGAGUGUGCAAUCAAUCUCUUAUUCUAGAGGAAAUGUCCUGGGAACCUAGGUGUGCUGGGGGUGUGGCUUUGUAGAGCGUGAGAACCAGAUGGGUGGUGCUGCAUAUCUCUUUGUCUCUAUGGGUCUCCUCCAGGUUUUAGGUUCAAGUGGGGCUGAUAGGUUCUGUGGGGCUGCUGCGAGAUGGAGGGGGGGGGCUUAAUGCCUGCACAGAGAAGGAUUGGGUUCCUCUAUUUGCCCUGUGUACUCUAAGCUGCAGUGGGGCAUACCGCGUGGGCGGUGGACUUUAUGUUUGCCAGUGUGGUCAAGUGUGUGGUGUCUCGUUUAAAAGGGGGUUAGGCAUACGUUUUGUGAGGGGGUUUCCGUGGUAGUGUGUAGUGUACCUCCUCUCCGGGCUGCGUUGGUCAGUGUCCUUCUCUGCAUUGGGGCCUCAUCCCCCCGGUCCAUGGAGUGUGAAAGGCUGUUGGGGUUGUCCCGUCCCGGGAAGUAGUGUGGAGGGGCUGUGAGUUCUUUGUAGGGUGAUGUGCAUCUGUAGUAGUACAUUUUGAACAACAGUUUUGAAAUAAUAAAGAACAUUCAAUUCAUUACUUUUUGCAUUCAACUUACUAACUUAUAAGACGAGAGCUUAGGCAUUGCUCAUAUCUAGCUUCUAUUGCCUCUCCCCUCCUUCCUAUUGAUGACUAUAUUUAUAAACGUGCGCUUGUGCGCCUAUGAAACCAGACCAUAUACAUAACAUAAUAACAGUAACAGUAGCCGGGGGGACGUGGAUUAUUCUCCUUGUUAGGUAUAGUAGUGGGGGGAUUGUGGGCCUGGUUGGUACACCUAUGCCUAUGUUUUCUUUUAGUGCAUGCGGUGUGAUAUGUAGACAUGCCCCCUUGAUUCCAUGCACGUCUCGCCCGGUCUAUUGCUAUCAAUAAACAUGCGCCUGUGCGCCUUUGAUACUAAGCUAUACAUUUAACAUGCCAUUAUCUACGAGGGAUAUGGAUAGUUCUCAUAGUGAGAGGUUAUGCGGGGCUGGUUUGUGGGCCUGUGCUGAUUAUGUCAGCGGCCUGUUGUGGGUUUCUCCUUCUUGGCUGUGGGAGGGUGUGAGCUGGUUCCCCGGAGGCCGCGUUAAGUCUAGGCCUGACCGGGGUAGUGAUUGGAUGGGUCGGGUCCUGUAUGGAGUAAGGGCCAAGUUGGAUAAGCCACGGGGAGAUGCCUGGUGUAUCCCUCGCCUUGCCAGGGAAAUGCGAGUUGUUCCUCCUGGGUGGUGGGGGCUUUUGGGUGGGGAGGAGAACCCUAGGACCCUUAGUGGUAAAGGUUAAAGUUGCUGGACAGUGUGAGAGGGGGAGGGUGGCUCUUUUGGGGGUUUAAUAGGGAGAAAACAUUUUCAGUAGAUGGUAUUGGAGGCAAGUCCUGCAUGUAAAGUCUGUGUCUCCGUUCUUCUCCUUCAGGUGCCCGUCUGUAAGGAAUUCCUUGGUGUCUGAGGCGGUCUGUUCCUUUGGGACAGGCGGUGAGGUGUCGAUUCUUCCCUGUGUGUGGGACGAGUGGAUCUUUGUGGGUCCCUGUCAGUGGGCGCUGGUAUUUGGAGGAGUGGGACUCCGAUGUGUUUGGCAAAGUCCAGCAUGUCUGUAGGGUGGUGGAGGGUGUAAGAUUGAUUGUCCUUCCGGACCAUUAGUUUGAACGGGUGGCCCCACAUAUAUUUCCAGCCAUGUUGGACCAGUGAGGUGGUGAGGGGUUUAAGUUCCCUGCGUUUUCUUAGAGUCCUGGGUGCGAGGUCCUGAAAAAAUUGUAGCGGUUGUCCCUGAUGGGUCAGUGACUUUGCGCAGGCUGCAGCCAUCAGUUUUUCUUUGGUGGUGAAGAGUAAUAGUUUGACAAUCACGUCUCGCGGCAUGGCUAGAUUAGGUGUGGGGGGACGUAAUGCCCUAUGUGCUCUCUCGAUCGUGAGGUCGUGGUCGGAGGCCCCCAGCAGGAGGUUGAGGAAGAUUUCUUUGGUGGUAGUGAGUAUGGCCUCCACUGGGACCGUUUCGGGUAGGCCUCGGAUCCUUAUAUUAUGCCUGUGGGAUCGAUUAUUGAGAUCCUCCAAGCCGUCUUCCAAUUACACUAUCCUGUCUUGCAUAGUAAGGAUUUUUUUGGUCAGGCCUAUGAUGUCUUUUUCGGCCUGCGUUGUGCGCGAUGUAAGCACGUCGAUGUUGCUUUUGAGGCCCGAGAUUUGUUUUUCCAGUUCCGCCGCCGUGUAGGCCUUGAUGUCUGCGGAAGUUUCUCUGAGUAAUUUUCUCAGGUUGCACAUGUUUAGGGGAGCGGUGAUGUCCUCUGGCAUCUCGCUGUCUUCAGAGUUUGAGCCAGAGUUCUGUGUGUUUUGGGCCAAAGAUGGCCGCCCUUGCUCUUAGGCGCGGAACAGCGUGGCCACUAACGGAGUUUGUUCUCUCCGUUUUUUGUUGCCUCCCAUGGUGGAUUUAUGGUGAGGACUGUGGGAUUAAUGCGUGGUGCUCGUUUUCUUGUGUGGAUGGCUUCUUUUAAUUGCUGAUGUACGCUGAUUUUGUGCUCGGGGGUGAGGGAGCUCAGGGAUCACACUUCCAUCUACAUCGGUGGUCAGGCUCUGGCCCAUAACAUCAUUUUUAAAAUGAAAUUUAUUUAAGUUUUGCCUUACUUUUAUCCUUCUCAAUGGAUUUUAUUUAUUAUUAGUUUUUUUUAUUUUUUAUAAAUUCUUUAUUUUUGGAGGCUUCUUUUUUGUUAAGGGUGGGUGUACAGAAAGGAAAAGUUGGGAGUACAGUUGUAAUACACAAUUUACAGAGUUAACAUGUUCUAUCGUAGCAUAUGACCAAACUUUUUUUUUUAAAUUCUUUAUUUUUGCAUUGUGCUUGCGUUUACAUACAUGCGUAUUCUGCCACAACAGCAGGAGUCAUAAUUUUAAGCGGUUCAGUUGGUGUAACAUUAUGGCAUUUGAGGUUUGCGCACAUUUUUAUUUUUAGUAUAAGACAAAAGGUGAAAGGGUGUGUGUCAGCAGGAGUGGUGUGUGUGGGUAACAGUUGUAGUUUUCAAGGUUACAGGAUGCUGUAUUACAGGUGUUCGUGUGGUGUUGUGCCAGGAUGUCACCUACUAUGGGUGGUCGAGAGAGCUGUGUCAAUGUUGUGUUCAGGUGCAUUACGUCCCCAGGCUCGUGGCGGUUCGUGGUGCCGGUUGGCCCAGCUCACUGAGGUUGAGUAUGAUAAAGUUGCUCAGCAUAUCUGAUGUGAGCUGGUCUUGUGUCAAGAUAUCUUGGUCAAGCUGUGGGUAAAUGUGCGUUCAAUGUUGGUGGACUGGGCACCCGUGUAUCUAGGGUUUCCCGGAGGAUGGUGUACCCCUGACCUAAGGGGCUGGCGGGGGGGGGGAGGGAGCUUGUGGAGUUUCUGCGUCCCCGAUCGUUGUGUGAAGCUGUUCGUGUGUAUCGGUCAUCUAUGGGUUAACGUUUACCUGCGUGCUGUCAAGGGUGUGAAGCGCAGUGACAUAUGUCGCACAAGGCACAUAUGACCAAACUUUAUCCGUUUUGCAUGUCUGUCGGCAUUUCCAUGGGGUUUGGGUGGGGUACAGAAAAAAGAGGGGUGGGGUACAGAAAAAAGAGGGAUGGGGGGUGGGGUACGAUCACAUACAUUUUCUUUUGUAUCAACUUUUUAGUUCAGGUUCUCUUUAUGUUGGUGCAUCUGGGUGGGUUCGGGAGUGAGUUGUUCUGUGUGAUCCUUUUGCGUGGUGGUGUGUCCGUGUUAAUUUGUGUUAUGCGAUGAUUGUGGGUAUUGUUGUUUGGGGUGGGAGUGUGGGAACGAAAACUUGGGGGUUCAUUUUUAUUACAUGUUUUGCAUUACUGACUUGUUUAAACAUUACGUAUGUUCGAGCUUAGCCGUUUUGCACGGCUCUCUAUCUUGUCUGCGGGGUCGGGAGGGGUACAGAAAAAAGAGAGGGUGGGGGGUAGAUUACAUUCACAUACGUUUUCCUAUGUACUUUUCAUUUUAGUUCUGGUUCAUUUUAUAUGGAAUGGCCGGUUGAGUUCGUGAGUGUGUCGACCUGUGUGGGCCUUUUGCUUGUUGGUGAAUACAUGUUAGUUUGUGUUAUGCGGCCUUUGUCGUGCAGUGCUUUGUGACCCGUGUUGAUGUCUUCCUGACUGUUUUUGUUCUUAUGUGUGUGUGUGUACUGGUUACCCCUUGUUUGUGUUGGGUUGUGGUUUUGCUUACUUUUGGGGGUGUUGUGGUGGUUUUGUUGAAUGUUCGUGGGAUUCUAGCCGCUUCGGCUGCUUUCUGGUUUUACGGUUGUGUUGGGUUUCCCUAUUCUUGUUUUGGGGUGUCCUAUAUUGGGGGUUCUGAUCGGUCUUUUGGGGAUUUUGUCUGGUGGUUCUCUCUGGUGUGGUCGCGGAUUGUGGUUGGUGGUCGUGGCACUUUGUCUCCCUAUGUGUGUAGGGAGGGGGAUUGUGGAAGGGGUGGGGUGCCUGAUGGUUCAGUGUGGUGCUUGUGAUUGGUGUGUCUGCGGGGUGUUUUUGGUGUGGGGUGGGUGUGUGUGUGUUUCAGGUGGGAAGAGGGUUUUCGUAGAACCAUGGGUCCCAGAUUUUAUGAAAGUGCUUAGUCGUGUUGUGUACCAGUGCGGACAUUUCGUCCAUUUUGAUUGCAUCUUUUAUUUUGUGCAUUACUGUGUCCAUGAACGGGGUUUCUGGGCUACUCCAUUUUUCUUCUAUGGCUCUCCUGGUGGCUAGCGCUAUUUUGGCGAUUAGUUUGUUUUGGGUGUGUUGGUUAGUGGUUUGGAUAGGAGCCACGUCCAGGGGUCUAGUGGUAUAUCUCUGUGGAGGAUUCUCGAUACCAUGGAGGUUACUUGUUGCCAGAGUUGUGCGGUGGGUGUGCAAUCCCACCACAUGUGGAGGUAUGUGCCCUUUUGUCCGCAACCCUUCCAGCAGGAAUCUGUGUCUGACCUGCCCAUCUGUUUGAGUUUGAGGGGGUGAGAUACCAUCUCAUUAGCGUCUUGUAUGCCUGUUCCUUGUUGUUGACGCAAAUUGAUAUAGAGGCUGUGGCCUCCCAGAUCUCGGCCCAAUCGGACGGGUCUUCCGCCAGGCCUAGAUCCCUCUCCCAAGCCGACACAUAUGUAAGGGCCCCGUCUUUGACGUUUUGUAUUAGGUGUGUGUAGAGUGCGGAUAUUUGGCCUUUUUGUGUCGGGAAUUGUAUGCAUUGUUUUUCGAAGGGUGUGAGUGCUUUAGUACCUGCUUGUUUGGUUGCUGGCGUUUCCAGGAAGCUUUGGAUUUGGAUAUGGCGGAACAUGUCAAAGGUACGGUAUGGCGUGGCCUGUGGGAGGUCUGGGAAUGGUAUUGGUUGUUGGUUUCUGUAGAAGUGGAAAAGUCGAGUGAGGUUGUUUGCUUCGAAGCGGGCAAAGUCUUUGGGUGUCAUGCCCAGUGGGAAUUGGGUGUUGCGAAGCAGUGGGGUUAGUGGUGAGUGUUGGGUUGUAAGGCCGCUCUUUUGAGUUGUUUUGUCAUAGAUCUUUAUGGUGUUGACUAUUGCUGGUGAUGUGCGGGGUAAGGGGGGCCUCGCUGAUUUCUGUAGCCAGAUGUAUAGUGACGGGAAGUCUCUGCCAAAUAUGUCGUGUUCGAGGUCUACCCAACGUUUGACCCCGUAUGGGGCGUGCCAGUUUUGAGCCUGCGUUAGAUGGGCCGCCUGGUAGUAUUGGGUAAGGUGUGGUAAGCCUAGGCCCCCGGCUCUGUUGGGUACAUAUAGGGUUUGGCAUUUUAUCCUGGCACGUCUGUUGGCCCAUAUGAAUUUGUCGAUAGCUGUUUGUAGCAUUUUGGAGUCGGCGCUCCGAAUUGGGAUUGGCAGGGCUUGGAACAAGUAUAUGAGCCUAGGGAGCACGUUCAUCUUAACUGAUGCCAAUCUGCCCAGCCAUGAUAUCGGCAUGUUUUGCCAGGUGGAGAUGUCAUGGGUUAUUUUUUGUAUCGUGGGUGUAUAGUUCAAUGCAUAGCUUUGAGGUAAGUCUGCCGGGAUGGAGAUCCCCAGGUAUUGUAUGUGGGUGGAAUUUAGCCUAAAGGGGUACUUUUCUUGGAUGGCUGCUGUUGUGGGGGGGUCAAUGUGUAUGGGUAAGGCUUCUGUCUUAUCUAUGUUUAGUUUAUAUCCUGAUACUGCCGCGUAUGUCUCCAGGGCGUGUCGAAGUGGCGGUAGGGAGGUCGCUGGUUCCGUGAUUGUGAUGAGUAGGUCAUCUGCGUAUGCUGCUGUUUUAUAUUCUUCCUCGCGUAUUUUGAGGCCUGUUAUGUCAGUGUUGAGCCUGAGGCUUUGUAGGAGCGGUUCAAGGGAGAGUGCAAAUAGAACUGGGGAUAGUGGGCAUCCCUGGCAUGUGCCAUUGUGAAUCGUGAAGGUGGGGAGUUGAGUAUGCGGGAGUAGGAGGUGGGCUUGCGGUGUGGUGUAUAGUACUUUUAGGGCAUUCCUAAAUUCUUGUGGGAAUCUGAAUUUCUCGAGGGUCGCGAAUAGGAAGGGCCAGAGCAGUCUGUCAAAGGCUUUCUCUGCGUCAAGCGAGAGAAUUAGAGUCGGGAUCUGUCUUGUGUGGGCUGUCCAGAUAAGAUCCACAUAACCUCCACUACGGCCCCUGUCCCCCCACUACAGCCCCUAGCCCCCUACUACAUGUCUUUUCUUUUCAAUUACAGCCACUACAACCCACUACCAGUGCUAUUCCUGAGAUUAGGCUCUGGAUCCACCCCUGCUCUGUAUGCCUGUAUCUGUAUGUCUAUAAGCCUGUGUAUGUAUGUCUUUGUGUGCCUGUGUCUAUAUGACAGUGUCUGAAUGUCUCUGUGUGUUUGUAUGACAUUGUACCUGUAUGUGUAGAUUGUAUUGCUGUGUGUCUGUAUUUGUUUGAUUGUGUGCCUGCAUAUCUCUGUGCCUGUAUGGUUGUGUGUUGCUAUAUAUCUAUGUCUAUAUCGCAUGGAAAAAGACACAAAAUGCGCUGAGGGGAGAGAGCCACAGAAAGGGGAUGGGGGGCGGGGAGGUGGAAGAGAUACGCAAAAAGAAACGGGGGAGACACAUAAAGGGACUGGGAAAAGAAAGAGAUACACAAGGGGGGUUAUAAGAGACACAAUAUGGUGUAGGACAUACUAAAGGGGAGUCAAAAUGCAUCUUUGCCUGUGUAGCCAUAAAUCCUUGCACUGGCCUUUAUGCCUGUGUGUGUGUGUGUGCCAGUAUGUCUGCCGUGUGUGUGUCAGUAUAUCUGUGUGUUUGUCAGGCAGUAUGCCUGUGUGUAUGUAUCAGUAUGUCUGUCUGUGUGAGUCAGUAUGCCUGUAACAGUGUACAGUGUAUCUGUCUGUGUGUGUGUGUCGGUCUGUCAGUGAGUGUGUGCGUGUGCCUGUCAGUGAGUGUGUGUUUUUUAGUGUGUGUCAAAUCAGCAAGUGUGUGUGUGCCCGUCAGUGAGUCUGUUUAGGUGACUGCAACCUCUUUCAAUCACAUGGGAAAGGUUUUUAUACUCUCCUCAUGGUGCAAUGGGCUACUUGACUGGCUUUGCUCCCCAGGCCUAAGGCUGUCAGCCCUUCCCUAUGUGUAAUUGAGGAAUAGGAAGUUGAGGCAAUAUAUUAAGUAAACAGCACAGGUAGUGUGGGAGGUGUCUGUUACUUGCUUCACUUAUGUUUGAAUUUUGUGCUUAAUUAUUCUUCAUGUAACAAAAUGUUGUAAAACAUAACAAGUCUUCUGGUUAUAUAUCCAUUCUUCUUUCCUGAAGCAUGUAUACACUAUAUGGUAACUGUCUUUUAAUUUCAGAACACCCUCACCUUGAAAGUUAUAUGCACUUGGAAGGAGAAAACAGGCAAAGUGAAUAUACAUGAAGGUGAGAAAGCUAACUGAUUGUUAAAGAUACAUUUAGCAGUAAGCUUGGGAGCUUGUGACAUCACAGCAACCUACCUGUUCAUGCAUAAACUCCCACAGAGGUAGAUUGGUAAUAAAAAGUAGAUACCUUACUCCUUACAAAAUAUAAACAGAAGAAAAGCUGGUUGUUUUAAAUCGAACACUGUAGGCACUAUAACCAUUUCAUGUAAUUGAACUGGUUAGAGUCCUCUGGUGCUGCCCCUCUAUUCAGUGUUAAACCAUUUUUGAGCAUUUUAAAGUGACACUAUAGUCACCAGAACCACUAUAGCUUAACGGUUCGCCAUCACUAUUAAUGUCAUGGAUUUCACUGAACAGAGUUUGUGUAAUAUUUGUAUUCUAGGGGACAUAACGGUGUCUGUGUUUUUUUAAAUGUAUUCAUGUCUCAAUUGUAGGUUUAAGAAUAGAACAAGAUCAGUGGAAAAAGGAUUUCAGUGACAAUGUGCAAGACUUUCAGGUGAGGUGGAACUCUAUCAUCCAUUUUACCAGCUAUGGUCUUCAUGAACAAUGAAUGGACACUAUGUUAAAGUAAUAAUUUUGUCUGAUACUUGCUGUCCCUUUUUACUGACAAAAGAAAAUAUAAAAUAUAAAAAUAUUGUUACUGAGAACCAACAAUUUUGUUGGUUCUCAGUAACAAUAUUUUUAUAUUUUAUAUUUGUGCAGGUAUGACGGUGCUGGCUCCGAUCCGCCUCUGUGGCUGUCAUCAUCAAACUUGAUGAUCUCAGCCAAUCCAAUGGUUUCCCAUAGGAAAGCAUUGGGACGCUAUCGUGCAUGUGCGGUAAAUCGCUGCACUGUGCCAAAUAGCAUCUCCUCAUGGAGAUACACAUUGAUUCACUGCAUCUAUAUGAGUAGAUUUUAGCCAGAAAGCACCUCUAGUCUGAGUGACGGCCACCAGAGGUGGCCAUAUGUAGUAAUGUAAGCACUGCCUUUUUUCUGAAAAGGCAGUGUUUACAGCAAAAAUCUUGCAGGGACAGGCUAUAGACCCAAGAACAACUACUUUAAUCUGUAGUUGUUCUGGUGAGUAUAGAGUCCCUUUAAAUGCUUAAUUUUAGAUUAAAGGGUUACUCCAAACACCAUGACCACUUCAGUGAUUUGAAGUGGUCUUCAUACUUGGAGUCUGUAUGUGCAGACUUUAACAUACAGAUUUUAACCCUAUUCUGUGAGAGGUGCUACUCCACCCGGUGAAGUGUCAUUAGGGCUUCUUUAGCCAGCCCUGAACAAUAAUUUCAUGCUGGCUUAUGGUAAUUCUGUUCAUAUUCGACAUCUGUAAUCAUCAUGCACAGCAUGCUGGCAACAAGCGUCCAGUGGUGACAUUGCCCCCUUCCACAGUCUUCUUGACAUCUCGUUCCCUGCAGCAAGAGUGAGUGACAUCCAGGGCCAGACUGGGGAUUCCAAAGCAGCCUUGGAAAAAAAAAUCUUUGCCAGCCCCAUAAGUCAUUGCGACAUAUAUUGUUGCAUGUAAUAUGUAAGGCUAUGUAUAUAGCUUUUUCCAAUAUAAAAUAUUGGUCCUUUCAGAGUAAAAUGUUUAAUUAUACAGUAAGCAUACUCACAUGCAGACACAGACAAUCUCACUGACACAAGCUGAUCGAUACACAGCCUCAUAGACAAACAAUCUCACUGAUAUACAUAAGGUCAUUGACAUAAAAACACAAGCCCACUCACUAGCAGGCGUGCACACACACACACACACACACACACAGGUUAAUGUAGUGGCUCUAGUGUCUAUAGCCUGUCCCUGCAGGCUUUUCAAUGUAAACACUGACUUUUUAGAGAAAAGGCAGUGUUUACAUUGCUUCCUAGUGACAGACACUCAGACGGUCACUAGAGGUGCUUCCUGUGUCAGUGCAGAUUGGCUGAGAUCAUCAAGCUUGAUGAUCUCAGCCGUAGAGGCAGGGCCAGUCGAGGGGAGACCAGCACGACGUGGGGUGGGGGGGAAAGGUGAGUAAAAACAUACAUACACACACACAUACCAUGACACAGACAGACUGUGACACAGACACACACAGUGACACAGACAGAAACACACACACACACACACCGUGACACAGACAGAACCACACACACACCGUGACACAGACAGAAACAGACACACCAUGACAGAGACACACACAUACCAUGACAGACACACACCUUAAAAAAGACAAACACACAUUGACACACACACACCAUAACACAGACAGACCGUGACACAGACACACACACACACGACACAGACAGACACACACACACCACGACACAUAGAGACUGUGACACAGACACACAUUACAUGACACAGACAGACCGUGACACAGACAGACACACAUUACAUAACACACACACACACCAUGACACAGACACACAUUGCAUGACACAGACACACACACACACCAUGACAGACAGACACACACACACUGUGACACAGACAGAGACACACACACACAUCAUGACACAGACAGAGACACACACACACCAUGACACAGACAGAGACACACACACACAUACACUCACACUGACACAAUGUCUACCUGUGGGGAACUCUGAUGGCGGCCGCAGGGGAAGCUGGCUCUUCUGGCGGCCGCAGAGGGAGCUGGCUGUUCUGUCUCUGCUCCCCCUCCCCAGCGCGCUGCUUAAUGAGACCGGGGCCGGAGUAUGACGUCAUAUUCCGGCCCCGGUCUUUAAGCAAUGCGCUGGGGAGGGGGAGCAGAGACAGAACAGCCAGCUCUUCCUGCGGCCGCCAGAAGAGCCAGCUGCCUGCCCGUCCCCAGGUGCCGACGGCCCACCGGGAAUUUUCCCGGUAUCCCGGUGGGUCAGUCCGGCCCUGGUGACAUCAGUUGAAGAGGAUCAGGCUGCAAAGAGUGAUUGGCUUCCGUGCUGAAAUGGUUGUUAACCUUACUCCCCACUUAUUAAAGAAAAAUGUUACUACCUUUUUUAGGAGACUCUUUUGCCAGUAAAGAUAUUAGAUAUAUGGUGGAAAAAAGCAGCCUUAAACGAACACUGUAGGCACUGUAACUUCUUUGAUUAAUUGCAAUGGGUAUAGUGUCUGGUGUCCCCUGCUAAUGUCUUUUACUCACUGUUUUAAUUCUAAAUAAGAAUCCCCACCAAUCCAUCCCCUCUGUGGUGCUUGGGCUAAUGAGAAAGCAUUAGACUUCAGCAGUGAGUGGUGGUGAUAGGAUAAACACAGUCAGCUGACACUCUCAGCCUAUCAUAAUGCCCAUUGUUGGUAUGAACUGGUAUAGUUAGAAGGAAGUAUGUAAUCUGUGGGUGGACUUGGACACUCAUUUAUAGUUAAACUGCACAAAAAUGGUUUAACACUAAAUGCAGGGAUACCACCAGGUGACUCCAGGAAAUAUAACCAAUUCAGUGAGACGAAAUGGUUGUACUAUCUAUUGUGUCCCUUUUACUUGUUUCAUAUGAUACCUUAGUGCAGAGAUAGGCAACCUUCGUCAAUCUAGAUGUUGUGGACCACAUCUCCCAUAACGCUUUUACAGCCAUAAUGCGGGCAAACCAUCAGUUGAGAUGUAGUCCACAACAUCUGGAGUGCCGAAGGUUGCCUAACCCUGCUUCAGUGCAUGGUGCCCACACUUUGGGAUUACAUAUAGCUAAGUCAUUUGGAUUUAGCAAACUUAGUAACACAUGAUGGAGCUCCCAUACUCCGACUGAGUACAUCUAGCAGGUCAGCUUCCUUGCUGCUAUCACUGCAUGAGAGCUUCCAUUACAGUCACCAUUACUGCCAUUUGUCUAUUGAUACAUUUAACCACUAUUAGGUUUAACUAACCAUUGCUUCUUACCUUCCCCUAAAUGUUAGUUUACUUAUUAUGUUUUGAUUUUUUAUUGUAUGACUCAUUUACUUUAUUGGUUGACUCCAUAUAAUAUUGUCAUGUAGCGCUCCUCUACAACAUUGACUCUUACAUGCUGUAAUUUUGACAUAGUAUGUUUCUUUGUUCUAUAAACCACCAAUGUAAUUAAUAUUAGCAUUUAUAUAGCACUUCACAAUAUUAAAGAGGGGGAAAUUUAACACUGAAUGAGACAAUUACAAAAUAUUACAGGGACAAUAGGUUGAUGAGGACCCUACUCACAAUCUAGAGGAUAUGUGCGCAUUCCAGAAGUACUGUGUUGUUACUCUUUAGAAAUCAAUAAAACUGAAAGAAAUACAUAGAGAACAUUGGAGAUAUAAAAUUCCAUGGUUAGAUAUCUCAUCUCCAUCUUAUCUUAUUUAUGUAGAUCCUAUUGUGCAGUGGGACACCCUUUCCAGUUAUUUAGCUCUUGACACAAACACAAGAAUGUAUAUGUGUGUUGUAUGUAUAAUGGUAUUCAACCAGCAGUAAUAGAGAAUAUUUUCUAAUUGGUAAAAUAAUAAAUGAAAACUGGAAAGUAGAACAUAUGUACAGGGCUAGCACUCAUGGAAUGAAUGCAGAAUAUUUUGCUAAUCCUGAUCAUAAUGUCUUCUCCCAAAGGUCCGAGUCCGAAUCAUUGCAGGUCGGCAACUAUAUGGAAAUAACAUCAAGCCUGUGGUAAAGGUGCUGGUGGGGAAGAAAUCUCAUCAUACAAGUGUACGGAGAGGAAACAAUCCGUACUUUAAUGAGGCCAGUACUGAGUAACAAAUUAUGUGUUCUCAACAAUUUUCCUCAACAUAAAUCUCUGCAUAUCAUAACUAAAAUCAUCUUGCAUAUUAAUGGUCCCCACUAUAACAACUUAGUAUAAAAACUAAAUGAAGUUAUGGCGGCUCUUUUACUGUAUUGUAUUAGACUAUUUUCAAAUGGUUAAACCUAAAUUUUAGAGAAAGGACAUAUAACAUUCAGUAGCAUACACUUAAAAAAGUGUUGACGUGUCCACAUACAUCCUGUCCAAUUUUAACACAACAAUGGAAGGUCAAAGAAACUUAAAAAUGGAAACUGGAAAAAGCAAUUCUUAAUCUACAGAAAAGGAUUGUCCCGGUGGUGCAUUCAAAGCUACUAUACCCGUUGGAAUUCCCCAGUAUUAUUUAGUGAACAACCUUGUCUGUUCACUAACAAAGCUAACAAACAGACAAACCUUGUACAAAAAGAUACAAACGUGUGUUCACUAAAGUGAGAAUUCGAAGUGAAUUUCAAAUUGGUUACAAUAGCUGAACUGGAAAGAUUCUCAGUCAGCAAUCAUUUUUGUUUGGCUAGUAUGCUUUAGUUUGGAAUUUAACUUUCAACUAAAAUUGAAUUCUCACUUUAGUAAAAGUAACUCUAUCUCUGCACAUGUAUACACACACCUUGGCAUAUACUUCCACUAGUAAAUCUCAUCAUGUAGAAAUUUUGCUCCACAGUUGACAUACUGCAACGCAUAGACAGGGCAUUUGAGAGAUUUUGGCAGCAACUUGAAGUUAAAACGCUGCCCUCACAGCCCACGCUGCAUCGGAGACAAUGCAUCGACGGGGACCUUGGAAACCCUGACCUCCUAGUGGGGAAAUCAACCCAGAACAAACCUGAAAAUAACCCACAAGAGAGAAGGGCCACAACCGCUGCUGCUGCGAUGCCCAGGCUACAGCAAAGGAAACUAGGUACCCGCAUCAAGCGCAAGGCAACCCGAGCUCCUCGCGGCACUUGGACGAAGAUGACGCCAACCUCAUAUUUGGCUCUGACCCACAGAACCCAGCGACAGAUCCCCAAACAGGCCGAAAAGAGAAUAGAUGGCGCUCUGAGACACAUACCACAUGCCACAAGAUGCAGAGACUCUCCCGCGAUCCCGAACAGGGGCAGGGACUGUAGAUGCUACACCCCACUGCAGCCCAGUGGACAUGUUACAGAUCCAGAAUAUGUACAGCCACAGAUGGGCAUUGGUUAG